UUUUUGACGGACAAACUCAAACCUGUGGACCAGAACUGUAGGGGUCAAAAAAAGUUUUAUCUCGUUUACAAUCACUACUGAUUUUCUCCUGGUGUCACCUCUAAAGAAAGCAUGACCCUCUGAGGUCAUAAAAGUCAAAUGAACAGGAAACUACAGUCAUGUUCAUCUAACCACCGUAUCAAGUUGUGUGAUUCCAAGCAGCAGUUAAAGUGCAAGUCAUGCACUGUUGAGAAACGCUGAUAAGAAAUCAGCCGUGAGGGCAAGGAGUGUCAUUGAGACUUAUCAGCAACAACACAAGAUUAUCUAACACCCUCUCUCUUUCAUUUCAGUUUCUGUGACAAGACAGAAAUCUACACAUCAACUUAAGAAAGAUAGACUGUAGUUUAAACAUCCAGCCAGAUCAAAAGCAUUUUAAAACACAGAUCUGAGUGUAAUACUUCAAUUUAUACAGUAAUGUUUGCAUAAAAGACUGUUUUUGUCUGUCUUUUGUGGGCUACUAUGAUAGUUGAUCAGAGCUGCAAACUCUUUAAAGCUGUUCACCUGUUAUACAUCUCUGGAAACAUCAACUGUGCAACAGUUCCCCCUUGUGGACAGAGUUGAUACUGCCAUGGUGCUCAUUAAACGGCUGGUGCAUACUUUUCCUCCAGUCUGACACCUCCCUCACUCUUUUGUUAAUUUCGUUGAACCCGUAGACUUUUCUAUCGCUGCACACAUUAUGAAUUGUCAAUAUUACACGAACAACGCUCUGUUGUUUUUGUCCUUCCAGAUAUUUCAGUAAGCAGUGUGACAGUAAGCCGGCAUACACACGGGAGCCUGAAUAUAGGCUUUCAAAAUAUACUUUAUGUAUCUUUGUAACAAAAGCCAAUCUGAAAUGUAGAUAAGUAACGGUAUAAGGCAUGGAAAUAAAAGUCUAUGUUAACUUAGUUUUCUGGCAACACCUCUGAGCUAACAGUCAAUUCAAUAUCCUUGUGCAACACACACUUUCAUAAGAUCUGGAGAAAAUGCUCAUAUUAAAAUUAUACUCACCAUGCAUCCAUCCAUUCAUAUAUAUAUGUAUACUUUAAAAGAGGGUUUGGUCUGGGAUAAAUGUCAAUGCAUGGAGAGUUUUCCACCACUUAUAAAAACAACUGACUAUAUCACAUGAUUUCAUUCAGCAUUCGACAAUUUUCAGCAGGUUUUGCCGUGGUGUCAGCUCUGUGAGGCCCAUGACGGGUUACAGUUCGUCUAUGCUGCCUCACAUUUGCUGGACCAGCAGGUUUACAGUGGACAUGUCUAUAUACAGACUGAGCCUGGAGGCUACAGGCUAAUCACGGGGAAAGAAACACACAACAGACGGGCUUAAGAAAACACAGCAUCAGCAAAAAAUAAUCUGUUCACUGGACAUUGUCAGAUACAGUAUAGAGUCUGCUGCAGGUGAACUUAUCUGACAGGUUUACUCAAAGUUUAAUCAUACAGGAAUACAGACUGCACAGUAAUAUGAUCGAUGCACUUUAAUUCUACAUAUGUGAUUUAUAACCAUGAGCUGCUAAACAAAUCCUCUGUGCAGUUUAAGACAAUGUGAGAGCUUUCUUGGAAGACUUUUUGCAGAGGCACAAGAAAUACAGAAAUGCAUGGCAGUAAUUUGGACACCAAUUGUACAAUAAAGUGCAGGUGACAACCAAGUGUUAGUAGAGAAGAACUCCUAAGUUUGUCUGAUGUCUAAUGUGUCCAAGAUGAUGUGUAAAUCGUAAAUAAAAACUACAAUAAAAUACAAUGAUUUGCAAAUCCUUUCCAACCUAUAUUCAAUUGAAUACACUACAAAGACAAGAUUUUUAAUGUUCAAACUGAUAAACUUUGUUUUUUUUUGCAAAUAAUCAUUAACUUUAGAAUUUGAUGGCAGCAACACGUGACAAAGAAGUUUGGAAAGGUGGCAAAAUAUGCAGAGAAAUUUGAGGAAUGCUCAUCAAACACCUAUUUGAAACAUCCCACAGGUGAGCAGGCUAAUCGGGAACAGGUGGGUGCAGUGAUCGGGUAUAAAAGCAGCUUCCCCCAAAAAUUCUCAGUCAUUCACAAGCAAGGAUGGGGCGAGGUUCACCACUUUGUGAACAACUGCGUGAGCAAACAGGCGAACAGUUUAGUCUCCUCAGCUCCCAAACGUUUAUUGAGUGUUUAUUGAUGUAACACAGCGGUAAACAUGCCCUGUCCCAACUACUUUGGAGCGUGAAAUUCUAAGAUAAUUAUUAUUUGCAAAAAAAAAAAAAGUUUAUGAGUUUAAACAUUAAAUAUCUUGUCUUUGUAUUGUAUUCAAUUGAAUAUAGGUUGAAAAGCACCUGUCGUAUUCUGUUUUUAUUUACAUUUGUCACGAUUUCCCAACUUCAAUGGAACUGGGUUUUGUAGAUCUAACUAUGAAUUCUGGGUUACGACUGAUCUCUCCAACCCAAACAAAGCAAGAUGUCACUUUUCUGUAGUUGACUUUGCACAUUUUAUUAGCUUAGAGAGAAAAUUCUGGUGUAAAUUCUGCUGAUAUUUUGUGAGUCAGAAUGGAUCAAGUAGAAAUUAAUACUAGGAACACAUUUUCUAAGCAUGACCACAUAAAGGUCAAAGAUGUUAAUUUUGUCAAAUUUUCAAAAGAUGUCUCAAACUUUUAUCUGUAGUUGACUUUCUGACUGUUCCCUGUCCGUAAACAUCCACAUCUCCGGGUUUUCCCUCAGUCUCCUCUGUCAUCCUCUCACCCUGCUCGCUGUUCAGGCCACAGAGCCAGUCUGCGUCAAUUUCCUGAAGUGUUUCCACAGCAACACCGGAAAUAAAGAAGCUGUGUUACAGAUGAAAGGCGCAAAUCACUCAAAUCAGACUUGGAGACAUUUUCAAGAUGUGCAUUCUCUUAACUUUUUGUCAAUCUCUGCUGUUGUCCCGGGAUGUUUUAGCACCUCAGUGUCACGUAUCCUCUGCAAAUCUUUUCCGCUAUCCUUGUUUUAAAAGAAUUCACCCAACAUCGAGCUCUUAUUUUGAAAUUUCUCAGCGGGACUUCCUUUUCGUUUGAGCUGGCUUAACGCUGCACGGAGGCAACCCAUGAUCGCAGACGCAACACGCAUCCUCACACCACUGACCUGAGCUUAGCUGUGUCCUGCAUGUGUGUGCAUGUGUGUGCGUGUGUGAGCGGGAGUGUGAGUGAUCCCCACAAACCAGCAGCAGGAUGGAGGAUCUCAAGGAGAAUCUGGGAACUUUGGAUUGACGCCCGGGGAUAGCGCGCGCUCGGCCUGAACCUCAUCGGGGUUUCUCGUGGGAUUUAUAUAUUUGGAUGUUGUCUGUUCCCCCUUUUCCCUUUUUUCUUCCAGGCAGUGGGAAUUUAUACUUGGCUUACAACUCCGAUUAUUCACGGCGUGCAAAAUGCCGUUCGCCAAAAGGAUUGUGGAGCCGCAGCUUUUGUGCAGGCACCAGAUCCCCAACGAUGAAGGUCUGCUUUUCGAGGACCUGUGUGCCAUCAGUAACGUGGUUCUGUCCCGGACCUUGCGACAGCUGUCCGACCUGGCCCGGCACGCCUGCUCCUUAUUUCAGGAGCUGGAAAACGACAUCAUCAGCACCAACCAGAGGGUCUGGGUCCUCCAGAACAAAAUAGGCCAGAUCCAGCAGACUGCCAGUGCCCUAGACCCGAAAAAGGAGGCAGUGCGUAAGUAGACCACCACAAGUGUAUCCAUAACCCCCUUAAAAGAGACAGAAACCCCCUCAUGAUUUACAGCGGAGAAAUGUGUGAUUUUAUUCAUUCAUACCCCACAUACAUACAAACAUACAUGUGCGCCUUCAUGCUUCGAAGGGCGCCCACCUCUAAAUUAUUUUUACCCAGCUGCACGCACGCACGUAAACCCGCACGCGGCCGCGCUCUCAUCAUCCCCCCCCUCCAUUGAAAUGUGUCACACGGUUUGCAUUCGCACAUUUGAGCAUCCAGCAGCAUCGAGACGCGUUUUCACAGCGCAGGAUGUGUUGACUGCUCAUUCAUUUGGCGGUCCAGACUCGGAUGUGUGUGUGUUUGUGUGUGUGUGUGUGUGUGUGUGUGUGUGUGUGUGUGUGGAUGUCCGUCGACGAGGGGAGGUGGGGAGGGGGGGAUCUAUAUAUGCAUGUGUGUGUUAGUGUGUGUGUGUGUGUGUGGAGCGGAGGGGCGUGUGUUGCCGCUGCAUUGGCUCAGCAUCGCAGUCUCGUUACUGCGGGUAGCGCACACCUGAAGCAUGUUGGGGCGGUGCGUUCAGGGGCCAUAGAAGCGCGAGCGAAUCAUACAUCCUAAUAUGAAUAUUUUAAUUCAGGGUCGACUGUCUGUUAAAAGGAUCUCGAGAUGUGUGUGUGUGUAUCUGUGCGAGAGUGCGUGUGCGUGUACGUGCGUGUGUUGGGGUUUUCACAGGCGACUCCCCGUGCGCCAAUCCCACCCUUUCCACAUGCAGCGGCACCAACACAGCAUCAAUAAUGAAUCCAGAUGUCCAUGUUGCAGGGUAAAUAUGAACUGGUCAUGCCCAGACAUACUCGUGUCGCUAAAAUUGCAGUGCACGCGACAGUGGAAGGAUAAAAAAAAAUAAAACGAAGAAGAAAAAAAAAUCCGACUGGUAUCAAUGGGAGUCUGCAACUGCAUGUAACGGCGCGUUCUGUUCGGCAGCUUCAUAUUAUUUAUGUCCUCUGCAGUCCCUUCAGAAUGAGCCUUUUGAUUUUAAGACGACCUGAUCUGUGAUUUUAGUCCAUUUUGGAGCUUUUUGAUCCUCCCUGCUCUACGUUCUCAUAAUCUGGGACAAUCAAAGAGCAUUUUGGGGCCUAAAGCAACUGUAGGCUUGUGAACUCCCUCUUUAGAUUCACCCCCAACCCCCAACAACAACACUCACGAACAACACACAUAUCAGAGCAUAUGUGGCAGCGAGGAUGUCUUUAUUACAUAAAACUGUGUGCUGCUCUGUUUACUCUUGUUUGCUGUGGAUCCGGGUGAAUGAAAACCCUGAUGUUGAAGGCUGCACGGUGGUCUCUUAAAAUUAAACUGUGUGAGAAGGACUGUUUGCAUUUGGUCGAGCAGACGGGGGACAGAUAUUUGAAUUGAAGUCCUUGUAGUGGCUUUUCACUACUCUGAAUACAUUAAACCAGUAACAUUAAUCCCAGAAAUCUUGUCAUCUUGUUACACCUGUUUGUGCUCAGAAACCCCUGAAAUAUUGAUCGUCAAGAGUGGAUUGUGAAUCCCUGCAGCCAGUCGAGUUAUAAAAAGAUGAGUAUCGCUUGGCACGUGCUUUUCAAAGAGUUUCAUGACUCCCAGAUCCGAGUGAUGAGCGGAUGCAAUCAGUUAAUUUAAGGAUCCUUUAGAGUGAGCAGAUUAGUCCGGGACAGAAGUUCACAACCUGGGGGUCAGGAUUAUCAGAGCUUGUGAGAUAAAUUUAGCCCACGUCUCCAAUAAGACAUUUUGAAUAUUCUGGAUAUAUUUUCUUGUACUUUGCAACCUGUCAGAGAAAUCCUGUAUUUGUAACCUUGAUGCUUUUAAAUAUCAUUUAAAUAUAUCAUUUCCAGAUACUCAGAAAUCACCAAUAAUCUCCCGUUUGGGCUGUUUCACACUUGGAGCUCUGUUACUUUCCAACCAAACUAAUAUGAUAUCAGAAAUGAAGUAUACUAACCACUAAUCAAUUGAGCCAAUCCAUCUCAACACAUCAACUACUACACAGUUUAAAAUGAUGAAGAAUGAAUUGAAGUGCCGGAGUCACACCAGUGCAAAUCGGAAAGCACAAAUUCUCCUUAACAAAAUAGGAAUUUUAUGUCCUCAAUGCAGCCGGCUUCUUAAUCUCCUCUUUUGAGUGUUUUUGAUACAUAGAAACGCAAACGUGAUUCGGCAAAAGCUUAGCAAAGCAGAUGGAUAAUGAAAUGACAUGUCUGUGCUUGGAUAUUGGGUUUUGUCUUUUUUUAUCGAAGCAGCGGGAUUUGACCAAUAUUCAAUCACAGCCUGACAUUUCUCCAGAUGAAUCAUGUUCUCUGACCUAGAUGGUAAAUAAAACUUUCUUAGACCCAUCUCUUACAGUCCAACCAACACGAUUCAUCAGACUUUGAAUGUACUUUGAUUAUAUACUUCAAAGUGACAAUCAAUAUCUGGUACAUAUAUUCAUUUUUUAUCACUAUUACAGUUAUUUAAUUUUUCAUUCAACAUAUUCUGGUGGGAAAAAAAAGAGUCAAAAAUGACUGAGAAAAAAUCUCUUUGGCUGUCUAGACUUCAACUUGGUUGCAGGGAGAGUUUGAGUCCUCUGAAGACCAACACUCAUACUUGGAUGCCCACCAAAGUUUUUGCUAUUUUUAUUCCACUUUCAAAAGAGCUAUUAUCCUCUCUCUGACUCAAAUGGCAGCAAUAACCCCGAGGAGCUGAAUAUCCGUGUGUGUGAGAGAGUGUGUGUGUGUGUGUACACAGACAGAUACUGAACGUCAGUGACGACAGUUUCCUCACUUCAUUGAAGAGUGUAUCAAGAUUCAAGGAAGUCAAUAUGGAGCUGACACAGAUUGAUCCCGAACAUGGCAGCAGGCCGUGUUUGGAUGGAGAUGAGAUAGUUUGUGUCUGUCGGGUUCACAGAAAACAAAGUUUCUUUGGGUUCUUCAAAUCAACCAGAAUCUGUCUGUUUCAGCUGUCGUCUGUGUUGGCACUUGGUUGUAAUAGGAGUACAUAUUUGUUGGCACGCAGAGGUAAAUGUAAGAAAAAAUCAUUACUGUUAUUUGAUGAUGUUUUUCUGCUUCACUGUUACAAUAACUGUCUUGUUUGCCAAGAAUUGGGACAUUUUUAGAUCCAGUUUUCACACUGAUACUGGGUAUCUGAUUAUAUCUAAUUGUUCUGAGACAGGUUUCUUUAUUCAAAGUUCUUGUGAUCACAUAUUUCAUGUAGUCUCACAACCUGCCGUUGCUCAUCUGGGUUUAACUGUCAACUUGUUUAACCAACAGCAGGAUCUCUGUGCAAAUGUAUUUCAAGGGACAGAGAAUAUGACAUGAUAGUUCAUGAACUGAUUUGAAAAGUCUGGAGGUGAACCUCAAGGAAAGUUGAUUGUAGUUUCUGGAGCCAAAGGGACUAUUUUUUAGAUGCCAGCAUGUAUUCAUAUCUAUAUGCUCAAGAAAAAUACUUUCCUGUUGGGCUGACAGUGGAGACUGAUCACCUUUCUUCUUCCAUCAUUUCUUUCUUAUUCUGUGUCGAACUAUGUUUUUCAUAUUUGUUAAACAGGCCACAAUGCUUCCAUCACCAUUUUCCUUAUAAUUUUUAUUGGAGUUGAUAAUGCGACACUCAUUCCUGUUAUACUGAUACUGUUAUGAAAGCCAAGAAGAAAGUCUGAUGUAGAUUCCACUUUAUAGCAAAAACAAAAAAAUGGAGUGAAAACAUUUUGGUUUGGAGGUUAAUGCUUAUGAGUUACAAUUCUGCCAAUCUGGCUACAAUAAGACAACUUGACAGCUAAUUUAAAAAACAAGAUGGCACAUAAAAAUGUAGCUUUAUUGCUUUAUUAAAGUGUUUCGACAUCUGUUGCAUUAGCGUACUGAUAAAAUUUGUUACAUAUCUAACCCUUAGGUUGGGUCUGUACGAUUUUAUGAACAUAGUGGUGUAAAGUGAACUCAUACUGAGUCAGGCACAAGCAGAGCUGUUGCAGUCAUCAAAGUUUUCUUUGAAAACUCCAACAUACAAAAGGUGAUGUCAAAGAACAAGAUUAAGAUCAUUAAGUCCAAUUAUCACCUUUGUCAGAACUUUGCAAGAGUAUAAUUUCUGAUAGAUUUGUUUUAUUGGAAUGUAGCUGACUGCAAAUGUAGUCAUAAUGUUCAACUGAUCGUUCUGUGAAGUGUACAUAUUAGGGGUGGGAGAAAAAAAAUCGAUACAGCAUAGUAUCACAAUAUUUUGUCCGGUGAUAUUCCUAUCGUCUCAUUUACCAAGAAUCGUUUUUUCAAACUAAUUGCUAAUAUGAAGUCAAAUCUAUGAAAAUGGAGAAAUAAAAUUAACUGUUUGUUCAGUGAGGUUGGCAAAGGUGACAUCAUAGAGUAGGAGAAAAUUACUACUGAAAUAUAGCAGCACUGGGGGAAAGACAUCCGAAUGAGAUGGACCUGACAUAUGAGGUUUGCAAGAUGUGCUACAUGAAAAUAAAAUACUAUGUAUAUAAGACAAACAUAAAGGAACGAUACAUGCUAAAUUAGCUAAACAGUUGAAAAAAACGGUAUAAAUUGCAAUAUAUUGUAUAGCAAUACUCACUGUAUUGCAAAAUUUAAAAAAUCACAAUAUCGUAUCGUGGCCCAAGUAUCUUGAUGAUAUCAUAGUGGGGGCACUAGCGAUUCCCACCCCUGGUACACAUGAUGCUCUGUGUUGCCAAUGUGCUUUCUGACACAGGCGCUAUCAGGACAUGAGCCCUGAAGUUUGGGAAUCAGCUUGUGGCUCUGCUUUCACAGUGUCACAGUCUGCUGACCAAAAUUUCAAACUAGCCCAAAAUUCAUCUGACCACUCAGAAGCAGCUGAUUUGACUGAAGUUGCACCUUUAUCACCUCCUGUACACUACACAGCAAACAAUGCGUGAUCUGGCUGAAACUUUGGCCUCACUUUCAAAUCAGUGCAACCAAACAAUAAGGUUUCAGUUGGCCUCAGCUGACAACCUGGCUGUAGAGAGUGACUUAAGCGACUGUUGAACUUUUAGACUACAUUAACGCGUGCCCGGCUAUUCUCAUAAAUGGACAUUUAACCCUCUCUAUUUACAAAAAAACUGCAUGCACACCACUAUGUUUUCAGAAAAGUUUUCGUUUAUACUAACCCGUGCUUAUAUUCUGUCAAGAGCAUAUCAAAUGUGUGGUUAGCAGUGUAGCGAGAAGCUCAUGCCCAUGUUAGCCAAUCAGAAUCCUGCAUAGCAGCAACAACGUCUCUUCCUUCUUUACUGUGCACAAUCUGCCGUCGGCUACCUAAGUCUCCAUUUUCCUCUGUUUUUUCUCUGUUUACAUUAAUGUCUCAGUUUUUAAAAAUAACUGGGUACGUACAAACAGGGCCAUAUUAUCAGCGCCAUUUUACGGUCAGAAUUUCAGUUUGUUCAACGCUGUGGCACCUAAACAUUUGACUUUUACAUCAAGCAUGUCAGCGCUGGUAUGGCUGUCAUACUCCAGUGCUUAGAUUAGCAUUCUGCUAAAUGUGCAUCUCUGCCUCUUAAAAAGGGUUUUACAGCGGGUUGUAAAAGAGGUGGGACAAAAGAAGAGCUUAUUUUAAGUAGAUGUAUAUUGUAUGAGGUUUUACUUAUUAAUGAAACUCUAAAAAUAUGUCACACGGUCAUAAUUCAAAGUCUACAUGUGCGCUAUGACUACAAAAGAAAAUGAAACAUGUAAAUAUUAUAAAUAAACCUUGCCUUGUAUUAUUUUUGAUGUAUUAUGUUUUAGGAUCAAAUCACAGUGACAUGUUUGGGUUCAGGAGCAGAUUCAGUAGCAGCUGUACUGGCACAGGACACACACACAUUUACACACAAAAUGAGGAGGGAAUCGUUAAUAUGAAAAUAUUGGUCUGCAGCAAAUAUAUUGUACCGCUCUGGAAACACUGGUUUCUUCCUGGUAUGCCAUUAAAGCAAAUUUGACUUUGAAUUUGAAUUUGAGAGAGUAUGGCCUGUGGCAGUGGGGGACGGCUCUAUCUUACUAGUCUGCAUAGUAACAGGAGAGUGAGAGAGAGACAGAGAGAGAGAGAGAGGGAGGAAGAGAGAGAGUGAGUGAGAGAGAGGCCUGCUUUAACCUCUUAGCUGAGUCAAUCCCUUUCCCUCUCUCUCUCUUUCCUGGUCAUACAUUUUUACUCACUAUUUUUGUAGUACAACUAGCUACAAUUUCCCCGGCCCACAUCAUAUUGUUGAAUCAGUUUGUCCUAGACAAAAUGAGAUGAGAGAAGGAGCGAGAGAGACUGAGUGGGGACCUAACAGAGUGUGAGCCUCAGUGGUGUGGAAGUAAGUGUGAUUUUUCUGCCUCUCACUUGCAAACAAACAAAAACUUCCGCAGUAAAAGGAGAGAAAGAAACAUAUUUACCUACUGAAUAUUAGCCAACAGGAUAAUCUGGUCAGUGUGUGUUCCUGUGUUUCUCUGUGUGGUUCAGAGGCCUGAUUUCAACCACACCAGGCAGGUUAGCAUACACACACACACAUGCACACACCACAGAGCAGGAGCAUCAGUUCAGAUAUUUCCAGAAUUUAAUCUGUGAGGUGAAUCCCGUGCUCCUGUGCCUCCUUUUUGAACAUCUUUGCCUCCAUCUUUGCAUUUUUGUGUCCAUUCUCCCCCUCCUCCUCCUCUCCAUCCAUACCUCUUCCCUCACUGCCCUACUUUCCCCAUCAUCAUCAGCAUGGAGAGACUUCUGCCUCUCGACAGCAUGUUUAAUGUUUAAUGCACUUUGAUUUCCACCCAGACACUUACAAGCCUGAGAGGAGAAAGAGGGAGAAACUUUGACAACGGAGUGAAAGGGAGAGAGGCACAAGAAUAAAAGGGAAGGUCAAGGUGCUGUAGAGACUGUUGUUUGAAAAGGAGAAAAAAAUGAUAUGAUCCUGAAAGUCAGUACUGCAUGAAAGGUGUAAAAACAGGAAAGAAGGAAUUUUAAAGAUCAACACCUGUUUUUAUUAUGCUCUCACCAAACUAAAUCUGAUGUGGUGGGUGUUUCACAGAUUAUUUCAACAACAUCCAGUAAUUUGUGCCAAAAGAUCUGUGUUGUGAUAUUUUACCCAGAAGAUGGCGCUCUGCAAAGCAAACGGUUGGUUGGCCUUGCAGUGUUAAUUUUGAACAGCUUUCUCCACCAUGAGGUCAUAUUCAUGCAUUUGAAGAAAACAGAUAUACUUAUAGGUAUUGCUGGGUGGUGUGACGGUAUAAACCGUGUGACGGUAUAAAAGUCUUGCUGGUAGAAAUUUUGCUAUAUCGUCUAUACCAGAGAGGGAGAGCAGAUGUCUGCUGCAUCUCUCUGAUCAGUGUGUAGAUGUCUGCGCUCACUAACAGGAAAGACGGAGCUCAUCCACAUGGGUGUGUUUCCGUAUCUUCACCAACGGGUCGUGCAGAGUAUGUUCGCUCUGUUUGAUUGGUCAGGUUUGGUUGUGCUCUCUAUAAUCACCAGCGUGUCCAGUAGACUGCUUGUCAUAGUUUCAACAAAGAAGAAACAGCUUCACUGAUGGUGGUCAUGGCGGACAUGGAGAUUAGUGGCAGUACCGAGCAAACGGAGGCAGCCCGACCCACCCAACAUGAAGAGGAGGAGGAGGAAAUCAUUUCGAAAAAGGGUGCGAGUCGCGAUAUCUGCUGUCUGGAGAUUCUUCAGAUUUAGAAAAUCCGACAAUGUUCAAAAAACAAUACCACACAAAGAGUGUCGUGUGGCUGUCAUUACUGGAGGUGGAAACACCACCAACCUCUUCCACCACCUAAAGAUGAAACACACCAAGCUCUAUUAUGAGAGCCAAAAGUUGGGUGGCGCACCUGCUGCACCAAAGACUAAAGUUGCAGCAGCUCCUGUCAUACAAAAGAGUUUGGCAGAGUCUUUCGCCAAAGGAACGCCAUGUGAUAAAAAAGUCACCAGACUGGUCUGGCAUUUUGUUUGCAUUUGUUUACAAAUCUGAGAUUAAAGAUAAAAGGAAAAUGAACAAAUGUGACAGUAUGGUUAUUUUUAAUUUUAAUUUACAGGGGGAAAAACAUACCGUCAUAUAUACCAUUACCGUGAUAUGAAAUUACUCAUACUGUGAUAUAAGAUUUUGUUCAUACUGCCCAAUACUUCUUAAAAGAAAAAAGCCUCAUGGUGUGUUGCUUUAAAUGAAAAGACGCACCAAUUGAAGCUAACGAGCGUCCAAUGGAGGGGGUGGUGCAUUAUUUGCUGGCCGUGGGUCUGUCAUAGUUGUCAAUACGAACAACAAUGAAGUUUUUCUAUUUCUAUACACCAAAUGACUCAGAAAGGAAUCUGAGCUUUUUUCGAACAGUGAUUGUUUUUAGAGCAAAUCUGAUUUAAUGACCAAAAUCCACAGUGCAGAUUCAUGUGACUCACACAUUCAAAGUGCGUCUUCCAAGUCUUUUAGUCACAAUUGUGAACCUUGAGUCAAAAGAGACUAUUCAGCCAUGUGGGCAGUCAGCCAAUCAACGCCAGCAAGAGACACUGAUCUGUGUGUGCUCAGUGUGAGCAGCUUUAACCAAAAUGAACAGGGCACCUGAUUUAAUGUUUAAUACAUGCACGGAAAUAUUUAAGAAGGAAAGGCUCAUCCCUAGGUGAGGAUGAAUGUCCUGGUUUCAGUGGAAGAGGGUGAGGGCAGUAGAUUAGGAUUUAAAUCAUAAAUGCUCUUUUUUAACAUAUUAACGAAUUUUCACGAAGAAUAAUAGAGAUGAGAGCUCCUGUCUGUCUUUUUCUCUGGAGUUUUUUUUUGUAUUACUGAACAAGAAAAAUAAAUAUGAAGUAAUCAUACAUACACAUUCUGGCAGAGCUGAAUCGAAGCAUAUGGUUGGCAUAUGUCCAUUUUUGUUACCACGGAAACAUGUAGGCAUAACAUAUAGAGGGGUUACGAAGAAGGGAUGAGAUGGCGUUGAGUGUGCGGUGAUGUAAACUUACUCUGCGAGUGACACACUUUGUUGUUACUGUUGUAUGAGAGCAAGACAACAAAGCAGCAGCUUGCCUCACACAAAUCCAUGUCGGCACGCAUACACACACAUGCAUUCACACACAGUUUAUUUUACUCAGCUCCUUUGAGUCUCUUAUGUCAUAGAGAGUAAAAAUCAUCACUGCACGUUUUCUGUUCUCAUGGCCCAAUUACCUCUAUGCUAAUUUUGGCUAAAGUGAUUCCUUUGACUUACAUACGCUAACAUGCAUACACACACAGCUGACAGCUUUCCACAUCAGCAGGUUAACACAACUCACUCAAACAUCAACACGCGUGCACAUUAAAUACAAGCACGCAGACACACACUCCAGGGCAUCUCAUGCACACACAACCCGUUGAACUCAGUCAAGCCUCUUCUUUCCGUCUCUCAUGUUUUCAUUUGAAAUUCUGCUUUAAGUGCCCCUGUCUCUGUUGCUGUUGCAGCCUGCAAUAAAACAUGCAUGCAGAACUUCUUGGUGAGUACAUCACAGCAACUGGCUGGCUGGAUGGCUGCCUCACUCGCCUCUGGCCUCUGGCUUUGUUCGUCUUGUUGUAGUUGUUGCUAAAGCAGAGGAACGAUACCGAAAAGAAACAAAAGACGAAACCAAAGUUUGGCUCAUAUCCUUAAGGAGGAACAUUUACUCUUUAAAGAAGAGACUAAAGCAAAUACUUCUCAGGGCUGCUGAGAGUGCGGUACAUUACACUGACAUGGAAGGAGAGCUAAUGUACGUUUCAAUUAGUUAUCUUGAUUUAAAUAGUUUAUAAUAAUCCUUACAUGCUCAUGUAUAUCUACCAAUUUCUUUUUUAAAUAUUUGUAUUUCAUUUGGUAUUAAGUGAUGGUUAUGCAUAGUGUAUUCUAGCACUUCUUUUUGGAUGAACUGCACAGAUCAGAGCCUCACACUAUUAUCCGUGAUUUUAACUUUUAUAAUAUUGUUAAGUGAUAAUUAUUACAAUUAUUUUUCAUUUCCAGGAAGCUUAAAUUUAAUUGAAACCUGUAGGAAAGUGGUUUGAACAUGCUAGUUUUAGCAUCACAAUAAAGGGUGAUAAUAAGGAGGGGCUGAAAGCUCAGUUUCCCCUAAUAAAUGGAAAUUGAAUACCUGUUUCUUUGAUUUGAAAGCUCUAAUGCUCAAUUUUAUUACAUUUAUUUAAAAUCCAGGAUAUUUGACUCUGAGAUUUUACACUAGUUAACACGCACUGACAGCCUUUUUGCUUUACAGCUUAGAUCUUGCUAAAACAUGACACUGCAGCUCAAAGUGUUGCUCCUUUUUGUGUGUCUCCUAUGUGUCUGUCCAUGCAUAAGUCCCUCACUGAUGUGUGUGUGUAUGUGUGUGCAUAUUUGUGUGUCAGCCUCCUGUGACAUGCUAAACUGAACUGUCCUGAACGGCUGUCAUGUCUGUCCGGAGACCCCAUUAUCAUCACCAUUCCCCCAAAAACCUCUGACAGAUGGCUGGGGACCAAAAAAAAAAUGCUCGUACUCAGCAUCUCUCUGGGUCAGUGUGUGUGAGUCUGUGAAUGUGUGUGUCGGUCAGUGUCUGCAGACUGAGUGGACAUCUCUGUACUGUAGUAACUCCAGGACAUAGCACAGUGUACAGUGCUGUAUUUCCACAGGCAUCAAUGAGUAACUGUGUUCCUUGUGUAGUAUUACGUAACAAUAGACUUCAAUAGACUCUGAAGUCACUGUACCCAGGAGUGGAGAAGCCGUCAGCAAGGCGCAGAUAUAACAGUUCCUUAUGAAGCGUUACAUGAACAGUACAUACAAGUGUGUAAACAAUGGGAUUGGGUAUUGGCUGCGAUAAAGUGAUUUUUUUUUAUGCCUGAAACUGCAGCUGCUGUGUGGUAGGUGUCAGGAGAUAUGAUUAACUCAACAGCUUUUUAAAGACAUUUCUACAGCAGAGAUUCACUGAGUGUGAUCUGUUAGAAGAAAGCAGGACAAGAUUUUCUGUUGAAAGCACCACUUACACAGAGGGCUGGGUGAUAGAAUGAUAACAAUAUAUAUCGAAAAUUAAUUUCCUUCAAUAUUAAUAUAAAACAUGGUCAAUUUGCUUUUUAAUUGUCGGCAUUCUGCCAUGUUUUGGUAGACUAUAUGAAUAGCCAAUGAAAAGGGGAGUUGCUCUGGGUCCGCUUUGUGCUGAACCAAUCAUGUGCUGAAUUAGAACCAAGUAGCAAACAACUACGUAGAAGCAGGCUGCAGCUACACGCAACCAUAGCACUUAAACACGUGAAGCCGACAGCACUGUUGGUGAUAAAAAAAGAAAAUGUGUGCUACCCCUGAGCGAAAUGCAGAUGCAGGCUCAACAGAUGAUGGUAUCGUCGACAACACUGGCAUGAAAACAUCGGUGGUGUGGAGGUAUUUUGGUUUUUGGAGGUCAGACAUGAAGCAGAGUAAUGUGCACUGCAAAUUAUGUCAAACACGUUCUUGCAAAGUUAUUAAUUAAUGGAUAGUCAGUCUAAAAUCUUUUUUGUUUCUGGGUAUAACGAAACGGCAAGAAAAUUUAUUUAAGUCUAUUUCAUAAACAUCAAAAAACUCCUAAUUGGAACUUUAAGCUAUCUUGACGUGGAUUUUUUCUCACAUUUACAUGAAGCAUUUUAAUUUUAAGUUUUCAUUACCUAUGACCAUGUGUGGUCCAGUAUAUAGUGUUCAACUACAUUUUGAGAGCUCUGACUGUGUAUCUUGAAUCAGUGUUGGCUCAUUUUUACUGACUCUUUAGUCCUUGAAAGUGUUGAUUUGCAUAGUUUAGGUUUACACCUUUAUUUCAGUUAUCUUUUAAACAUUUCUCUCUCAGUAAAAGAUACUGGAUGUUUGAAUUGAGAUUUGUAAAUUAUUUUAAGGGCCAAACUGUCACUGGAGGAACAUAAUGUAGACAGACACUCUCUCUUUCAUUCUCUCUCUGUCUCUCGCUCACUCAGAGAUUUCCUCUCUCAGCAUCACAACAAAGUCCCACGCAGAGGCUCUCACAGACGGCCGUGUUUGUACUUUGCAGGGGUGCUGCUGGCAAAGAGUAGUCAUGUUAAAACAGACAGAGUUAAAAGGAGAAACUGAAGAAAAUAAAGUAGAAAAAUGGAGAUCCUGAUCAGUGAGCACAAAAAAAGAACCUCUUUUUGUUCAUCUUCACAUAAGACGCACAGAUUUCACAGAGAUAUUAGACAGAGAAUUUUUAAACCAAGUCAUUUUUAAGCACUCCUUGAACUUAAGCCUGAUUAUCUCUCUUAGCUGGUUAAAUUCUAAUCUACUGGGACUUGAACCCACAGGUUUUUGAGACAUGAUUAUGUCUCCAUUGGAUCAGCUGGGCUGUUAAUGCUACCCUAUAGCCGGAGUGACUCCGGCUGUCAGUAUGGCAUUAGCAGAUGACAAAAAUAGGAUGGGAAGCCAAUUAUAUCAAUAAUGUUGUGACCAGCAGGGUUCAGAAUAUGGACAGCAGAGAUUAUGAGUAUCAACUGAGGGAUUUAGGGUCAAAGCGUGUAGAGUUGAGAUGGUUUUCACCAGAAGAGCUUGAGUGUGGACUUUGUAAAAAUCCAGAAUAAGAUGGAAACAGAUGGAGUGAGAAAAAGCUUAGGAGAGGUUGUCUGCUGGUUGUUUUAAGGACUGAGCAGCUCUUAAGGAAUCCUUCCCAAACAGAUUGUCUUUGUAAGAACCUUAACAUGCCAUAAAGAACAGUCCAGCUAAUUGGACUAUGAGAAACCCCUGCCUUGCAGAAGUCAACAUGCUCACGCUCCCAAGAAAUGAAGCAAAGGCUGCAGUACAGUCUUCAAACGUGAGCAUAAGUGAACAUGCAGUGCAGAUUUUUAAGUAUGUUCUUCACAAAUUGGAGACAGAUCUGCUCUUAUUAAAGAAUAUGGCAAUUGGUUAAAUUCCAUGGCUGAAACAGAAAAUUAAGGGAAGGUAAAUUAAUCCAAUUUCACAGUGGGCUGGUGAGAGGUGAGGACAGCCGAGCCAAGGCUGCACUAAUUAGCCAUAUAUCUGUCACUAUCAAUGUAUCAGUGAGCCAACCAAAGCCAAACACUUUCUACUGCAUCGCAUACAAGCACAUGCAGUUACUGUACACACACAUUCACACACACAUAGACUUUACAUCCCAUUUUCCAUCACAAAAAGGCACUCCUAUGCUUUAGAGGCUCUUGAUAGCCCGAGCCAAACAAAGGCUGACUGAAAAGUGACAUGCAAAGUGGACAUGUGUGAGUAUGUUUUCUGUGCAGGUCAUGCAUGCGUGUUGUACGUACUGUUUCCUGCUUGAUGAGUGCACUAAUGCACCUCUGCAUGACAGACCAGAGAUGCGUAAGCUAAACGCUGCAGGCUAGCACAGCUGUUACAGAGGAGAGGAGAGGAGAGGCAACGAUUGAGAGAAAGUGUUGAGCUGUACAGUCACAGGACAGUCUUGAUACACUCCAGCAAACCUUUGACGUUGUGAUCAGGCUGAUUGAGUGCUAAGCUACAUGCUAAAGCUAAUAUCCCUAAAAAUAAUUCUUUUCAGAGUCAAACAUUGUGCCUUUCAAAAAAGUCUGUCUUUAGCACAAUGUUUGACUCUGAAGACUGGAGCCAAACAUUUUUAAACAUAUCAAAAAGUCAUUAAGAAAUCUGACUUAAAAAAUCCAAAAUGAAACCCUGUUAGUAUUAUUAGCAAAAAACAAAAGCCUGUUUGUUGUAUCUGCACAGUAACCCUUUUUCUUUAGCUCUUUAAGCCCAAUUACUGUCUUACUGUGUCUGAAUAAAUUUUGUGUAUCGAAAGAGAUUUUCUACCACUUUCACAAAUUUUGACAAAAUUAGGAAUAAUUUGAGAGUUUCUACUUUGUCCACAGGGGGCACCAAAGUCAACACAGACAUAAAAUUCCUCACAGGAGCUUUAAUACCUCUGGUUGGAUCAACUCCAGACAUGAUAUAGGUGUAACUGAGGUUACCAAGCGGUUUCAUUGGUGAAUUCUGACUAACAAUUAGCAAAACACAUUUGUUCUUGCAAACUUGGUGUAAGCAAGGACUUUGUUAGACGCUAAUAUAAGCUGCUGUUUAAUAGUUGGAAACAUAUGAUCAAAUUUGUUGUUUAGUUUUUAAAUAUGGCUCUUUUGAACAGCUCAGAUGCCUUAACCUUCAAGUUUGCAUGUAUCCUGGUCCAUAGAGCACUAGGAUUACACAUUGCUCCUUCCUCUGUUUUUUAAGUUACCGGGAGAUCAAGCAGAUUCUGAAUUCUUUUGACUAUUACCAAAAGGGAAAGACUUUAUUGGGGUCUUUAUUUGAUGGACUGAGCUUUCUCAUAAAGGCACCAUGAAUAUCCAGAACAAAUCUUGAAACAAUCAUCCCAUGGUUGUUGAGAUUCUGCAGGUUUAGCAGUGGUUGUAGUUCAAUUAUCAGACAACCGUAGAGGUUACAGCCCUCCUUGGAAAAUAGGGUAGCUUCAGGAUCGACAGACAGAUACAUCAGGGGUAAAAGAGAGGAAGAGUUGUUUAUCUAAAGUUAUAUAGCACCGAUUCUCCAGAUACAGCACGUAAAAAUAAUUACAGUGCCCUGACAGAUUCUGCUCCCAUUCUAUGAUCGAGUAAUUAUCACCGCACAGUCGAAUAAUUACAGUAGAUUGAAAUUACAAUUAACCAAUUGUGUGACUUACCGGGGACUUCCCAGCACUAUUGUGUGUGAAUGUAUGAGUGUAAAUGUGUGUGUGUGAGCGUGUUACCCAUCAGAUUACUCCACUGAGGCCAAUUCCCUACAGAUGACAUGUGAUAGCAGAUUAAUAGCCUAACGUAUUAAAGUCACAAUCCCUAUUAUUUCCCCUUGUAUCGGUGCUUAAUCAGCUCAUAUCUAACAGCUGAGGACUUCUUCACCACGUGCAGCCCCUGUGUGUCACCAUCAAGAGGAUUCAGGAUUAACCACAGUUGAUUGGUUCAUUUUUUUUAUCUGCAGUUGUUUUCCAGUUGAGGGAAAAUUUUACUGAAUGUGCAAUAAAAUUUUACACAACCCUGGUAACAAAAGACUGAUUUUGCACAAAACCUAAAAAACAAAGACCUCCUUCCUAUGUUUAUUUUUGACCUUAUGAGGGAGGGUCUGAGAGGCCCAGCACUGUGAGGAAAACUGGUAAAAUGCUUCUUUUUUUAAGGCAUUUUUUUUCUAUAUGCGUGUGAAAUUGAGACUGAGAGUGAUGUGAUAAAUCUGUUCCAAUCUCCUUUAGAUUUGAUUAGGUUUCAGUGUGUUUGUUGGAUAGAGAAAACCCCCUAAUUGGAUUGACAAACCAUCAGUUUCUAUUUGUAGACCGUUGUGAGGCUCAGAAAAAAGGCUCAGACUGUGAAUGACAACUGCAAACUUCUUAUGUAACAAUUCAAAGCUUGUUUGCCAUAUUUCAGAAAAAAAAAGUUCUACACUAACAGAGUUACUGACAGAUUCAUUCCUAGUUUUCAUCCCUGUGCAAACCAGACCUUUAAGCCCUGCGUGUUAAAGUGAAGCGGAGCCAUAUGGUUUGCUGUGGAUCAGAAGCAGUGAUCCUGAGGAUGAUACGGCCCCGGCUGAACCUUUGUGCGCCGCAUUUACACCAUCUGAUGUUUAUCGUUGCAGCGUGGUCACAGCCCUGAUAGCACUGAUCUCACACAAUCACAGCACUCAUUAUCACAUAUGGUUAACGGCUUAUGCAUGUUAAUGCAGCUCUGGCAUUUUAGUGCUUGUAUCAUGUGCACUGCUGAGGCUCCAGGAGGAAUUUGGGAACAUUUUAAUGUGGAGAAAAUCACAAAAUAUACCAAUACAUGUGAUGUUCUGCCAAUUUAGGAUACCUUUUCAGAUGUUAGACAGUCUUUUUUUGUAUGUCACCAGAAGAGGCUAUAAGCUGUCUCCUCUGUACACAGGUGUAUAAAAGAUUUCACACAAAUACACCCAAACAUCUACAGGUAUCCACACACACACACCUAAUCUUUGCUCUCAGACAAACACAAAGAUGCACAAAUCCAUGACCAACACUUGGACGUCCCACAGAAACUGGCCCUCCUCUCAUCCCUGGGAUAAAAGGGGAGAUAAUGCAUUAUACAUUUUCUCCUCUCCUCAGCAGCUCAUUAUAGUACAGUCAGAGCCUCUGCCUGAAAACAGGUCCUUUCUAAUGAGACGUAGCUCGCCACAUAACCCCGUCGCUUUCAUUCAAGUGUAACGCUAAAAUCACUUUUUAGGGUGUGUCCUGUUAGUACCACUGAUGUUUAGUCACGAUGACCAAGUGUUUUAUUGCAGCUUUUUGAGUGGAUCCCUCUCCUUCAUUUCGCUUCUGUUUGAGAUUAAUAUUCAUGACUGCAGCGAACAGAGUGCUAAUUAUUUAUACCAUAUUAAAAGUGAGUCUAUAGGCGGUCAGGGUCUCUUUCUCACUCUGUAAAAUUCACUGAUGAGGAGGUGAACUCAGGUAAAAGCCAUUAAGUCUCCCUGGUUUAUCACAGUAAGUCUUCACCCGUCAGCUGGGCGCUGAUAAAGAAGUUGAAGAAUAAGAGGAGGAUUUUUAAACUUUGGGAUUAUCAGAAUUAACUUUUACAAAAGGGCUACAGCUCAGUAUCAAAAAUGUAAUGAGGAGUUGAAACUUUCUUAAAGAGAACAGAUUUUACACGACUUCAUGAUGUGCAAGUUUUUAGUCGAUGUUACAUUAAAUCAUUUGUGGAACAUGUAUUUGUGCAAAUUGAGACUACAUAGACUUUAUUUUACAAGUAUUUACUUUUUUUUUAUAACUUAAUACUAAAGCUCCACUUUAUCUCUGCAACUUUUUACUCCAUUGCACUUAAAAGAGUUUAGGUUUAAUUUAGGAUUACAGUUGAUCAAAUAUAUCCUGAAAACCAUGAAUCUCAAAUUUUGGGGAUUUUGAUUUUUUUUUAAAUAAGAGUAAGAAUAACAAGAAUUUUAUUUAUUCCUUAAGGGAAAUUCAAUAUAACCACAACAUGAUGAUUUUUGGUUUGGCUGGUUUUAUGGUUUGCUUGUUAGCUAAGGAUCUUAACAAAAUCUUGAUACUGGGGUGCAGUGAAGCAGUGUUGUGAUGGCUUGAAGAGACAGUCCACCUGUGAGUACAUAAAAGUUGGAGUCCAAGCAUUUAGAGACACAGAAUUAUUAAACCAAGACUUUUUUCACUUUCAUACUAAGAAGUCAGUGUUGCCUGUUUAGCUCAAUUGUGAAUGAUUGCAUUUACGAAUGCCUAUGGUGCCACAAUGGCCCUCAAUUCAUCAAUCAAUCAAUCAGUCCGUCAAUCAAAUUUUAUUUAUAUAGCGUCAAAUCACAACAGUCGUUAUCCCAAGACAAUUAAAAAAAAAAAAGAUCAGGUCUAGACCACGCUCGUUGUUUGAUGAAUUACCAAGACCCAACUUUAAGAUGGGACUUAACUCCCAUGAGUGACAGUGGCGAAGAAAAACUUCCUUUUAACAGGCAGAAACCUUGGGAAGGACCAGACCUCAGUCUUUUAUAUAUUUGAGAACUCGUCUUUGCACUGUAUGAUUUGUGUAACUUCACUGUCCUUAAUUUUAGAGGCAAAGACAAAAAAAGUUAUCCUAAAAAAAGUUCAUACACUACAAGAAAAUAAUCACUAGCCUCAGCCAAUGCGCGCUAAACUUCAUUCUUUGAGAAAAUUAAACUCCUCCUCCUAAAUUGAGCAGUAUGUUUGUGUUUUGUCACUUUUUUACUUGCUUUUCUCAAUGAGACGUUGACCCUCGACCCUCCAACCAGGUAUUGACGAUAACCGUCUUUUGAAGAAAUGAAAUAUUAAUGUUGUGGUUUAAAUAAGCCAAUGGUAAUAUAGUUAGGGAUGGGACAUCAUCAAAGUGCAACAUCUGUGGCUGCGUGAUUUUAAGUAAGGGUGGAGACACUAGGACAAAGCAUGCAGGCCAGGCUCAACAACAGACAUGCCAUUUCUUUAAGUAUUGUGCUAAUUUUGUUACAGUGAAUUUUUUUUAGCCACAAUAACCAUGAGGUGAAAAUCUGACAGUAGCUCCACUUCCUACAUAGCCAUAUUUAAGAAGCAUCUCAAGUGUCAGUAUUUAGCUUUUCUUUACAUGAAUUGAUAAGGUUAAACUACAAACAUUCAGGGUGAAGUGAGUUUGGCUCCUUAAAGCUACGCUGAUUUCAACCAGAGCAGUGCUUUCAAAGCCUUUGAACAGAUUUAGACAGUAAAUACCUUGCUUAGCUCCUCAGUAAACAGAUAGAUUGGAUCGGGCUGACACUGAUCUCGUUAUGUUGCGUCCUUUGGUAGGAGAAGCAGGAUUGAGGGAAGGAUUGACUUUAGAGCUUGUUAACAGAGCAGCAUGAAAGCUGGCUGUGUCAGGUUGGAAAUCAUUAUCUUUAAGACGUUACAGUGAAGAACAGUUAUGGGGAUACUUUGAGUUUAAAACUGAAACCAGCCUUAAUUUCUUUUUAAUCUAUUUGUAGUUUGUUGUGACUCGGUGUUCAGGGUUGCAGAGGUGUUUAGUAUCAUUAUUUUGAAGUUACCUGCAGUUUAGGGCUAAAAUGACAAGCAUGAAAAGCAAGCAAGUUCUGUAAAAAGACCUUUUUUAAUUAAAACAUGAUAAUUACAAUUUAUCAGGGAAUGUGGAGAGCAGAGAGUAGGAGAAGACAUGCAGCAAAGGGAUGAGGCCAAGAAUUGAACCCUCUCUUAGCCAUCAGCACCCCUUAUUUACUGCUUAUGCACUGCUGUAUGAUCUCUGAAGCUGUAUUUUUAUGAAACUCCUGAAAAGUCCUGAAAUGUCAUGUGUGAAUGCAAACAGCUGGAAUUUCACCUAGACUUUUUUCUGUCUCUCGUCUGGAAAAACUACUCUGAAGUCAGAGUGAGCCAAUGUGACAAUGCUUCAGGAAAUAUUUGAGAAUAUUCAAGAGAGCGGUCAGAGGUGAUGCAAGCGGUGCAAACAUGGAAGAGGGACACAUGACAGGAUGAAUAAAAGCGUCUGAGGAUGAAGAAGGGGGAAGAUGUCUGCAGUCUGCCUGUUUAUACGUAGCAUUGAUAAAAAUGUAAAAAACAUCAUAAUAAUGUGAGUCUCUGUUGAUUUGUCUGCCCUCAUGCUGUGAGCAUUACUCUGUGCGCCUGCUUUCAAUGUCAUGUCCUGCCUCCUGACACUCAUCUCACCCCCUUCCCACUAAGCCCUGUCCAAUAAGGAAAACUCCACACUGUGAGGGACAUGUGUGAACAAGUAUUCCUUGAAAUCAUCAGGCAGCAAGGGUCCAAAAAUAUUCAGGAAAAUUUCAGGAGUUUAUAUGAGACAGAGGCUUAACACACAGCUUUGUUAAUACGUUUUUUUCUAUUUGUGUAACAAAUAUAACCGAAUGAAAGCACUGCAUUUAUAGUCAAUAAAAGAUUUUUCUGAAUCCCAAUUUCAACACCACGCUGUACGACUGAUUAAGGCUUCGCAGACGGUUUAAAUCUGAUCCCAGAUCUCAGUAAAAGAUGAUUCCAAGAAGCAUUCAAGACAAACAGAAGUCUGAUGCCAUUCGAGCCAGAUGUUUAAGAGGCGUAAUUUCAUCUGUCUCCCCAAGAUGUACGCAGCAUCAUCACGCUCUCAUGCUGUAACUACAUCAACACUGUAAGUAGUCAUUUGAAACCCACUCACUGUCUCUGAAUACAUCCAAAGUUUGUCUUGUCUGUCUCCUCUUUCAACAUCUUAAGUUACAUAAGACAUACACCAAAAGUGUUCAGAUGAAGACAGAGAGAAAUUGGGUUGCAGUGUCAAGAAGUAAGUGAAAGGCCAAACUGAUCUGCAGCCCUUGAGUUUAUUACUUUGAAUACAUUAAGACCAUAUCAGACUUAAGAUCUGCAACAUUAGAAGUGAAACUGUAAACUUGAUGCUCAUGUUGGACGUUCAGAAACCAUGGUCCAAUGUUCAUGAACUUUCAAUCUUAAAAAAUGUAACCAUGCAUUUAGCAAAGCACUCCUAUUACAUGGUCAAACUCUUUCAGAAAUUUGAAAAAGGACUGCCGUGCUCAAAUCUGCAGCAGACAGGGUCUAAAAUGACAAACAUUUAGAUGCAGAUUGUGGCCAAAUGACAACCUCUGGAGUUAAAAACUGAAACCAAUGCAGGAAUGCACAAAACUGCAGUUCCUUGAGUGUUCACUUGAGGCUGUCUCAAAGAGUGAAGGAUUUCCUCAAAUUAACAUAAAUGCCUCUUUUUUUUCUAGUUUAGUAUGUUAAUUAAAUGCCAAGAGUUCAGCAUAAUUGAGCAUGGCUGAUUUUGCUAACAGGUGGGACACCAGCAGACAAGGCUAUUGUCCCAACACCACCAUUGUGCUUGUAUCUAGCUGUUUCUAAAAACUAACAUGAGAAGCAGCAACACCAUACAGUCUUAAAGGCAUGGUUGACGAAUGGAGAAAUUGGUAAUUAUUAUGAACCUCGUUUAUAUGGUGAUCAUGGUCCUAGAGUGUGAUCUCCACAACGCGAAGAGAAAAAAGAAUGGAAAAGAUGACCAAUGGGAGCCAUCUGUCCCAGACAGCUCCUAUUGGUCAAUCUCCUCUUCGAGUGGCUAAAAGUAGCAUAGCAGCUUAGCUACAGGAGCUGUGAUGGAGAAGGACGGGAAUAAAAACCCCACUUCUGCUUGCCCCACCGCCAAAAGUGGGAAGAAAAUGCAAGCCGACAGAAAAAAAGGGGCAGAGUUGGAGAGGAAAUGUGACCAAGCGAGGAAUCCAACUCGAAUAAACAUCGGGUCAUCCUUCGAGCGGUGGAGAAAGCUCCGUCAGGAUUUGGGCCUGAAAACAGACGCCGAGACAGCAGAGUUUUUAUUGAACAGGUAAUUUUUGCCUUUUAUCGUGGCACAUGUUACAUAAAUAACUCUGCAAUGUCAACACAGUAGCUGUCCAGGCAGCUGCAGAUGGCUGGCGUUUACUGUUGCUAGUCACUAGCAUUACGACAUGGUGAAUCCUAUUUGAAGCUAGCGUAGGAUCUUCUGCCGGCCGGCUUCUUGCUCUGCCAGAGGGGGUGUGUCGUGGGAAGGUGGGCCGCUUUUUCCAAAUCUGCCUCAACGGCUCAGAUUUUUUCAACUGCUUCUCAAGUCGUCAACCAUGUCUUUAAUCGGGUUAAUGUACCUGUAUUGUUAGACUCAAACAGAGAUGAGCGAGGGUCUACAGUAACCUCAGCUCCAACUGUUCAUCUAUUUCUAACUUGACCAGAAAAUUAUCGAGUCAGCUUUCCCAAUGCAACUGCUGCUACUGUUUGGCUUUAAAACCCUCUUCAGAAACCAAAGGGAGACUGAGACUAAGUCCAAACAGAACUUUUUAUUCUGUUUUCUCCCUUCUGUCUUAAGACGCCCUAAAAGCUUUAUACAUUUUGUAUUUAUGCAGUAGUAUUUUCUAAGAUCUUUAAUCUGUGAAAUGUCUGGAGAUCCCUUUUAAAACCAACUCAGAAAAGCCUCAUCUUCAGAAAUGAAUCAACAAUUCAGAGAAGGACCUGAUGAAUGAUCAAAAGUCUUCAAAAAUCCACUGACGGACUCUUCAAUACGAUUGUUUUUUCAAACCCUUGUAGACUUGUCAAAGCUGUGUUAUGACCCCAAGUAGCAGCCAGAUUAAUUCCUCAACAUUAUGAAUACUCUCACAUGGACACACACAUUUUACUUCCCUGACAUCUAACUGAACUCUGGGGAGAUUAAAUGCAAGUCAAAUCCCCUGCUGGGGUUUAAAAUCUCUGUUUGGAUCUCCAAUUCCUUCAAAGCUGUCACAGCCCUUCAGUAGAUUCAGGAGGUGAUUAUCCGUGUGGCUAUCCUCUGCCACCUCCUCCCAAAAUCAAAAUGCUCACUUUAUUUUUUAUCAGAAGAGGACUUAAUAUUUUCAUGAAACAAAAUAACUUUGAAAACUUUGAUCAGUUCGAUCUGCCAAGGAUGAGACACAAACAUUUUACAUGCAUUAGAAAGGUGUGUGACAGUUGGACUGAUGGCUUUUUGAGGCCGUCACAGCUCCAUGUGCUUCUUCUUUUGUUUCUCUGGACUUAAACUACCAUGCUAGCCAGUUAGCUGAUUAUGCUCAAAAGCUCAGCCUCUUUCACACAUGAGCCCCUGACAUUUUCUUCAUGAUUUUAGGACAGUCAAGCUCUGUGUUCUUGAUGUUUCUGCAGCACAAACAGUCAAAGUCAUCAUACCACUGAAGUGAGUAUUAAGCAGUAAAACUCCACUCAAGAUGAACAGCAUCCCUCCAACUUUUGCUCACACUUUAGUUUCCCAAAUUUUGCCUGUUGCAUUCACACAUGGAUAGAGUUGGAAAAUUCUGAGGAGUUUUGAGCAUAAAAAAGCUCUGGUGUCUCCACAGCUCGUCACAGAGACAGAAAAGACAUCAACUAAUACAACCGCUCAUAUGGACCUUGUCCUGACUGAUAGAUAAACAAACACGUGGAGUAUUAUUACAGCUACUUUCUAGGUGAAUGUCUCCAGUACAAAUACUGGUAUGAAUUUUGCUUGGUUAAAUAGGAUUGCUUCAACAUUGAAUCAAAAAUAUUUUUGCCACUUCAUUUGGGUUCAUAUAAAAAGCUGUGACCAGAUUUUGCGACACCAAAGCAUCAAGGUAACAAGUUGUCUCGCACAAUAAGAACACAAGACGAAAUGUCCUGCAUUUUAAACAACAAGGCACCUGCCUUGUCCUCAUUUUCAUGUACUCAAUAUCGUGUAAAUUAUUCUAAACUCAUGGUUUAAUUCAUAACUUUGUUUUGCCUGUCUUAAAAUAUGCAUUUUCUGAAGCCCAGAGAAAUGUCUUAUUUAUCCAAUCAAAAAGAUAUUCACUCACUAUCAAAAACACAGAGCAGCAGUAAGUCCUUGGAGAAGGAAAACCAAACUUUAAAACAUUUGCUUAAAAAAGAAAAAAUUACACGACCUUCUUCAGGGAAAAGACAUAACACGGAACAGAAGCUAAAAUUGCAACACACUCAUCAUCUCGAUGCACCUCAAAGAAACCUGAACCAGCAUCAUUUUCUGACUGUUAACAGGUCAAGAAAAAACUUCCACCCCAACCUUCUUUUAGUCUGUCUUAUCACUGCAUGCUCAUCUGAAAGCUAUUGGUAUUUGGUGAGCCAGGAGGGUAAAAACAGAGACUAACUGAUUUCUAGAGUUGGUUGGCCUCAAGGCUGCAGCUGUGGUUGAAGAGCAGAGGGAGAGAGAGAACAAAGACGUAGCAGUUAAGAGAGCAUGAGAUGAAAGGAUGACAGGGAGAAGGAGAUGACAGAAGGAGAUAGAAGUGUGUGUCUUUGUACGUGUGUGUGUGUGUGUGUGUGUGUGUGUGUGUGUGUGUGUGUGUGUGUGUGUGUGUGUGUGUGUGUGUGUUGGGAUAAGGGACAGUAUACAGUAUGUUAUGCGUGUGAGGGGGCAGUGUGUGUGAGCAAUAAGGCCGAGCUGCCUCCAGGAGAUUCACUCUCACUGUCACUAUGAUCAGACUGCAGCUUCACAACAACAACAACAACAACAUAAACACACACACACACACACACACACACACACACACGUAAGCACGCUGUCUUUGAUUUUAUCAAAUAGAUGUAGAUGGAAAAACAUUUGGCUCAGUAAAAUACUGACACAGAGGAGCUCUGGAUUUCUGUGCAGCAAUGUGAAAUUAUUCAACAUGAAAAAUUAGAAGGUCAAAACUGGAGAAAAAAAAGAAAGUCAUGUGCAGAUUCAUUAUCUCAUGCACAUUAAAAUCUAGUUAGUAUCUUGGCCAGUAACAUGUUUUUGAAGUUCCUUAUAAUGAAUCAGUCGAAAGGAGAAGAUUUGGGAUUGUGCUAAGGAUUACAGAAAACAGCUGAUAUCGCUGCCAGACUGCUUUAUUCUACACAUCAUAACAGAAUCAGUGACUGUUGCAGAUUUGAUAUGCUAUAAAUAGGUGAUGAGAAAAAUAUGUUUUUAAUUGGACAAAAAGGUCCUGGUGAUAUCAGCCUUGUGGGGGCCAUUUCAAAUAGGGCCAGAAAAGCUGCUUCCCUCUUCAUAGAGUUUCUCGACCAGGUGUCGGCUCCAGUUAAGAGUUGAAGUUUUUCAGAUUUUUAUCCACCAAAGACUAACAUGCUCAGAGUCAGCCUGGCUGCCAGUAUAAGCUGGGCUAAUGCCACUGUUAGGCAUUGAGGCCAAUUGUCAGUGUGAGUUUUAAGAGGUUUAAAAACACCAGUGGUUUCAAAGUAUCACUGCAGAUCAGAGAGUUGGUUGGUUAUAUAAGAAAGACACAAAAUGAAACCUAAGAUCUGCUGGACUACUGUGUUUUAUUUUUCUGUGUGAAUUCAUGUAGUGUUACAUCUGCCAGUAUCCACCAUUGUUGCCCAACAUCUCUACCAUUUGUUGCAGGAAUGGAAUUAAUCGCAGUGAGGUGAUAAUAUUGAACUUUUCCUGAUAUUGCAGAACCUAUUUUCUUUAUAAUUUUGCCCCUGACACCUGAAUCUAUAGCAAGAGCACGCAACUCACAAAGAUAAGCCAAGAAAGUCAGAAUCAACAGCAUCAAAUAAGAGUAAUCACACAGGUUCACAGGCUUAUGCAAAUAAAGCCAAUGCAGACAUGUAAUUUUUAAUGCAUGUGUAUAGAAUAUAUGGAGGUUGUUGUCUUUGUUCUGCAUCAGCUCGCAGGAUGAGUUAUAAAAAGGGGGGCAGGGUGGAUGAGAACAUAAAGAAGCAGGAAUAGCCAUAUGUAGUUUAAAGAAUAAUUUCCUCUUCCAAAAAUGCACACGAAUCUAUAAAUUACCACAAACCAAGCACACACAUUAAUUUUAUAGGACCUGGCAUGCACACACACCCUCCUAGAUACACACACUCUCGUGUACACAUACACACACACACAGGGCUGCAGGGUGUGCCCAGCAUCAGCGAGGGUACUCUCUGUGCCUGCUCUCUUCCUCCUGGUGCCCUCAUUGGUUCCCUGCCCAAUCCGGCCAUCCAAUCACAUCAGGCGGAGCGAGUCUGUGCAUAGACUUGCAAAUAAUCUGCGCUUUUACAAUAACACCCAACAACCACCACCAUUAUCCCUGUUUCUGCCUCUGUUUCCUCGCUGUUGUCCUCCAGAAAGUGUUGCCGUCAUGUGAUGAAUUUCAAUCACCUGACAACUUAGACUUCGCACAGCUACUAGAAACUUCUACCCUCCAAACGUUCCUUUUUUUUGGACUACUUAAAUUUAUCCAUCCUUUCAGAGCACCGUGUUUCACAUGUGGACAAUAUUCUAUUUUUGUGGCUUUGCAAAAUGCAUCUGUAAAAACUGUUGUUGUUUUCCUGAGCCCCGUCAUUUAAUAGAGUAGAGGCUUAUAAAGCUGUAGUGAAUUAUUAAGCAGGGUGAAUUAUGGGGCUGGAGCGAGCGAGUAAGAGAGAGAUAGAGAGAGAGAGAGAGAGAGAGAGAUAGACAGAGAGAAAGAGAGAGAGAUAGAGAGAGAGAGAGAGGAGAGCGAGGUCUGGACAAAAAUAGGUCAACCUAGCAGUGGCAACCCAGGGAAGUAGAAAUGAUUCUCUCUCUGAGGAGGAGCUUUAUGUGUGUGUGUGUGUCUGUGUGUGUGUGUAUCAGGGGAGACUGCGUAUUUGUCAGCAGCUCGUGGUGUAAUGCUAAUUCGUACCCCACAACAAAGAGAAAUAAAAAAGGAAAGGAAAGGUUCCCACCGUCAAAGCCACAAAGAGCAGUAAAAGUCAUUACACAGGUAUGUGCUGUCAGCACAAUUAAACACAGACUCAACAAAUGAGAAGAGGUGAGCCUGAAUUAAAUUCUUCCUGAUUAGCACCAACAACAUAAUAAUUUCAUGAGUUUAACCUCCAGUUCUGUAAACUUGUAAUCUAAUGAAUCCAUUUGUGUUUAUAAUCAGUCAAAUGUUCCUGUUUUAUCGCUCUACUCUUUCAUUUUUUAUUAUCUAAUUUCAAAUCUUUUUCAUGAUAUUAAAAUUGAAGGUCUUCACUGAAGGUUUACCUUGAACAUAAACAGGCAUCUUUAAGGUGCCACUUGUUCAUUUAGAGAUAUGUCUUUCCCGCUCUCAUUUAUCUCUCUCAACCAGCCAGAUUUAUUUCUGACCCUCAGAUGGGGUCAACAGUUACGGUACACUUUGACAGGAUGUUAAAACAAAUAAAUAGGAGCCAAUAAAUAUAGAAAGAUGAUACUUUUAUAGCCUUUCAGUCUUCACAUUUCAUAUAUUUAUUGGACAUCAGGGGCGGCACAACUCAAGUAAAAUCUUGGAGUGUUCAGUUUUAAUAAACAGCCGGCUACAUCUUAGUUUUUCCAAACCACACCAAACCUUUUAACAAAAAUUUGAGCUUUAGUGUUUUUCUCCUGUUCAGCUACAAGCACAUCGAAAUGGUUCUGGUGCUAAAUUCUUAAGCAUCCAACGCUCAAACCAAGAUAUGAAAGAGUCUUCCCCAAUCUGUCGCCCAAAGUUUUUAAAGAUACAUGUAUCCUUUCAAUACCAAGUAGAAAAAGGUAUUUAGUAACUUUUUUGGACCACUGUGCACACUGUAAAUAUUCUAAGUAAUAAAAUACUGAAGAAAAGUUUCAAGAUAUAAACCCCAUGCAUAUAUUGAAAAAAUCACUCACCUGAAUUUGCCUAAUUUUCAUGCCAUGAUUACCACUGGGAAGUUCAAACUUACUCAUAUUCAUUAUUUCAUGAGGGUUGAAAAAACACCAAGAGAAGUUAAGAUCAAAGCCAUGUUUUAAAAAGUUUUAAGUCUUAAAUUUGUCAUUUUGGCUUAAAUACACAUCACAAAAAGACUUCAUCAUUAUUACCAUCAGCUGUUAUCUCCUACUGUCAUCAAAACCUGUACACUCUAGCAAAGAUGCCCUGGCCUUAGCAGGUCUCAAGAUCAAACAGAUGAACCACUGAUACCUGAGAAAGCUCUGCUUUUCACACUGUGAGGAACAAGGUUCUGCUAAGGAAGCUCCAGUGAUUCAUCUCGCCUCAUUUUCAGUCCAGUCCAAAAAAUCCUCAGCUUGAAAAUAAAGAUAAUCAGUCAUACUGUAUAACUUCAGACACAUGGGUCUUUCAUGAGUUUCAACUAUUUUCCAACAAAUAUUACCUCUUUAGAAACAAAUAUCAAAAUACCGUUUAUAGGGACUUUAAAUUAGUUAGCUGCACACUACUCAGAUUUUAAAGAAGUGUUUAAGUUCUCCAGAUUGUUUGGUCAGGGUGUAAAAAAUCUGAGAGUUUCAGUGGGAAAAUUUGCACUUCUGACCCCAGUACUUUAAAAAUCCUGAUACCAGUACUACAUUUUCAAAAAUCACACCAUGCAUACAUUUCAUUAUUUUCUUAAUCCAGUCAGACUGCUCUAUUCAGGUCUGUGAUUUACCGUCUAUAUAUAAUCUGUUGGCUCCUAUAGCUGCUGCUCACAUCAAAACCCUGCUCGUGCUGUACUGCAGCAGAGACACAGCAGUUCAACAAGAGUUCAGGGGAAACGCAAGAGUAGUCUCUCUUCAUUUUUGGUACUUUCCCAUUCUUUCACUCUAUAAUCAAUAUUUUGUAAUCGGUGAAAUUAUUGGCUACUACAGGCGAACCCUGACGUCUCUUCAGUCACUCGUUCGGUGAGGUACAGAUCCGCCAGUUGUUACCAAACAGCUGAAAGCGUCACCUCCAAGCUGUGCCACUGCCACCCCGCCCUGUGUGAAACUGAGUGUGUGUGGAGGAUGAAUUGUGCGCUCUUGAGUGUGUGUUUGCAAGACACCACUGUUGUGUAUUUGUGGUUACAUGUUUGAGUGUAUGUGUACCUAUGAGAUGAAAAUACACACACCCUUAUCUGUUUUCAAUGGUUGUGUCUGUGACAGGGUGAAGAGGUUUAUGUGUGUGUGUAAAUGUGUGUGUGUGUGUGUGUGUGUAUAUAUGUGUGUGUGUGUGUGUGUAAAAGUGAGAGAGAGAGAGAGGAGAAGCAUGACCUACAUUUGGCAAAGCUCAUCGUAUGAGCAUGAAACUGCCUAACAUCACCCCAGAGCUCCUCAGCACGGAGCCACGCGAUUGGCUGCUUUCAGCUCCAGCCUGACAACAGCACUGGCAUCACCCAGGGGGAGGGGGAGGGGAGAGAGAGAGGGGAGAGAGAGGAGGACAUGGGGAGGAGGUACAUACAUUAAAUCCAGAAAGAAUAAAAGAUGCAAAUAGAUGAUUGCAUGGAAGCAGGAAAGAGAUGAGGAGUGUGAGUGUGAGGUAAAGAUGCCAAUUAGAGACUGUGAGGCUCACUGAGGUGCAGAUGUGUGUUUGUGUGUUUCUCUGUUUUAAGGGAAGAAAUAUAAUCAGUCAUGUUUGAGUAACCACCUGCUCUGUUAGAAAAAGGUGAUCCACACAAGAUAUACGUAUUUAAAAUAGAGAAAUAUGUCUAAAGACAUGACAACACAGUUUGGACCACCACUUCAAGGCAGGACCACAAUAUCUCAGAAACUACUUGAUACCAAAUUUAACACAAUCACUCAUAGUUCCAUGUGGAUAAAUCCUGAUGAUUUAGAGAUCCCCUGAUUUACCAAGAGGCCCUACAGUGAGGUUCAAUUUCAUCCUUUUCAAGCAAAACAUCUUAACGAAAAGUUCCCUGAGGAUAAACCGUAGUUACCUCCACUUUGGAUGCAUCAUUGGGGAUUUUUUCAGAUAGUUAAAGACAAAUUCUUGAAAAAAGAAUCAUUCCUAUAGUCCUGCAACUUCAGCCCCUCCUUAUUGUAGGUAUUGAUUUACAAAUUUGCAAAAAACCCACCUCUUUCCCUGAACACCCUCACAGAGCUUUAAACAGUUGACUCCUAGUAGGUGGAGCCCAAUUAUCGUUUAAUGUCCCCAUCCUCAUGUCUAUUGUCUAAGUACUGACUUCAAUAGCACUGAGUGUGCAGUGUGUGAGGGCUUGAGAUGGUUUUCAAAAUAGUGUUUUUAUAUUUAAGCAAACUAACAAAAAAAAUUACAGAUGUUUAAUGCGCGCAUCGUUACUGCGCAGCUCUGGUUUCAAGGAAGUGGAGAAAAACCCGGAAAUAUCGAGAGCUUCUUGGCUUCAAAUCCGUAUACAGGCGGAAGGCAGAACCAGGUUGUCCAUACUAUAUACAGUCUAUGUUACUUACACAGAAAUGCAGGAUGGAAAGUGCAUAAUAUGGUAUUAUGAAGUCCAUACUGUAGAGUUUACACGCUUGAUGAUAUGACAGUGGGGCAGCAGUAAACACUUAGAGGCUUUUGGAUUGGGUAUUUGACUUUUUCUCGCUGUGGAGAGUUUAGGUAAAGGUCUAUUUCAGCUCGUCUGCUGAAAUGAUAUUAAAAACUCCAGACACUGUUCAACACACUUUCUCCUUACUGUUAAUAAGUUUAAUCGUUUUUUUUUACAGCCACAUGAUUGUAUAGUUCAAGGCUAGUAACCAGUGGCGAAUAAUGAGUGCACUGCCCUUUUAUUGUUAAGAGUAGGGGUCGAGUCUGUCUUAGUAUGACUAAGGUUAGGUGUUAGGCAUGUACAGUUAAAGGUUCAGACAAACACCCUUUGCUCCUACCUUUUGGCCCUACACUUGCAUUUUGCACAUUCAUGUCCAGGGGUUAAGUGUUCCUGUUCUUGUCAGGAUGGAGGGGUGGAGCAAAAUGUUUGGCUACACGGCCCACCAAAAAGAGGAGAUGCACACUCCUAGCAGAGAGUUAUUAGAAACCUGAUUUGUGAAUCAUUGUUAAGAUUGCUUUAACAGUGACUAAAGACAUGCACAAAUAAAUGUUCUUACCAUGUUUUAAAAUGUCAGUUUAACAUUGUUUUGAUGAAUUGUAGUCCUUUGCUUAUAUACCAGCUUUGAAAAUAGUCACUAAAAUGUUAAUAUCUUGGUAAAACAAGCAAGCAAGCUAACUUCCCAUCUGUUUAUGAGAAUGCCAUUGAUGCCAACUGAUGGUGUAUCAGGGUCUUGAGGGGUUUUUCACAUUUUGUAGAGGAAGGUUUCACUACCUACCCCUUUAACUCUGUUCUGAGGAGCCAAAGACAACUAAAAAUGAGGUGUAGGGGUAAAAAUGAGAAGAAGGUUUGAGUCAAAAUUUCCAGGGAAUGAAUGUGAGUCAAUGUAGUGUCAUCUCUUGGAGAGAAAAAAAGGUGUGCACAUGUUCUAUAUUAGUGUGUUUGUGUACUGAGUUUGGUACUUAAGUCAUGUGAUCUGUCACAGUAGAGCAGGGAUCUGUAGCAUGGCACCUCCAGAGCGGACAAACACACACAUAUACACACACACAAACACACUUACACACUCCCUCUUCUGCCUCUGUGUCCCGUUCUGUCUGUCUCCCUUCUCUCCCUCUCUCUCUAUCUCUAUCUCUCUUUCCCUGAGAUCCCCAGGCACAAGGCAUUAUGGGAAUCACUCUGGCAUGGCUCUCGCUCUUCACAGCUUUAAUCUUUAAGUUGUUUCCAUAGAAACGACUACAUUCACUCAGUUGAUAACUGUUGGGAUGAUUUCUAAAGCUAUAGAAGAAUGUCCUCACAGAGCAGAAACCUCCCCCACAAACCAACAACUGAGGAGCGUCUUAGUCAUUACGGGCUCAUUGAUCCAUUAAUUAUAAAUAAUGAAGAGUCAGUAUUGACGAUGCCAGACAUGCAGGACCAAAGUAACUGCUUCCACUUGAUACUUUUAACCUUAUUGUCUGUCAUCCACUGCAAAUACCAUUAUUGUGUUAUAUUUGAUGGAAAGCAGAUAAUCAAAUCUCCAUUGUUAUAAUAUGAACGUUAAGUGACCUGUUAUGGAUAAUGUGUUAAGAGGACUUUCAGCCCAUCUCGGGUUAUUUCAGGUUGAGGAAGCACCCCCUCCUCCUCCCCAUCAUGAGGAGUUAGGUGUUUUCUCAGUUGCCUUAAAAGCCCUCUUCCCUCUCUCAUCCUCUCUCUCUCUCUCUCUCUCUUUGGUGUGACAUGUACCAUGCACACACUCACACACACGCGCGCACACAGAGUGUCACACCCACAAGCCUCAGCCACUGUUAAAUACUAGUAUCAAAAAGUAGGCUUAUAUUCUGAGACACGUAUCUCCAAAAUAAUAAACAUUUAAUAGACUUGAGCGCACACGAAAUGUUCAUGCACACAAAUACACACAUCCAUUCACACUAUGACCAGCAGCAGGAGUCCUCCUUAACACACGUGCACAGCAGGAGAUCCCCCCUUCCUGCAUAUGUGCCGGUUUCCAUGGAGACACGUAGUUAAAAAUAACAUGGGCGAUGGCUUGUCUCGUGCCAUUCCGCCAACAUGGCUGAAGCACUCACAGACACGUACAUCACACACACACACACACACACGCGCACACACACACACACACACACACACACACACACACAGUGGCACCGAAUGAUACUUGCUGAGGAGUGUUUGAUGAGCACACACAGAACAAUAUGACAGCAUGACCACACACACACACACACACACACACACACACACACAAAUACACACACACUCUAUGACCAUCACUGUUGGCAUGAUAAGGAUGUGCUACCGAUCUAUAGAGAGAAGAUAAUUCUCAUUUCCAUUCAUUCCUAAAAACAAGUGAAAAUAACAUUUAAGAAGGUAAAUCACUGGACCUAGUUCCCACCAAUCAGCAGCAGUUGCAAGUAUUAAAAACGACCAUAGAAACACGAAACCUUGAUGUUUGCUAUUGUAGUUUAUACAGAAGCAUCAACAUCAAUUUCAGUUCUUUUUAAUAAACAGCAGAAAACUCCAUACAGGACCUUUACGACAUGUUGGCUUGUUGACGCGUCUUUGACAGUGUCCAUUUAGACAGCAUUGGGGCUCUACAGCACAAAUUUAUCACAAAUCAGGCUUUUUCAUAUAACGCAGCAUGAGAUAAAGACAUUUUACAGGUAUGAGUGCUAUUUUCAAGUGGGUACAUAGUUUAGAUUAAAAGAGCUUUCUGACCAUCAACGACCAUUACACUUAAACUGACCAGGUCCACAUUUCUCUUUUCUUUGCAAUACAUAAAAAAGGGUCGCUAAUUUCUGCAUACCGAGGUCUUAAAGUCCGCCAACUAUUGCUCUGAUUUUAAUGUUGUGUUCCUUUUAAACUAAAGAAAUAAAUCAGCAUUUACAGAGUCUGAAAUCCAGACAGAAGAGCGUUAAUUUAACUAGUUAGUAGCAUCAGAGCGAAUGUCAUGGAGGAUUCAGCUUAUAGAUUAGAAAUGAUCUGAAAGACAGCAUAAGAAUAGAGGAAACCAAAGCAGUUGUAGCUUCCUGUACCUCAGACAUCAUAAGUGCUUGACAUUGUGUAUUUGUGUGUAUUUUCAUAAACUCAUACAUCUUUGUCGGUUUUUCUAUUCAGGUAAAAUUGACAGAAAUUCGUAUUCUCUAAAUAGACAAGAACAGAACAGUUCUCCUUCCCCCCCUUUACGCUGCUCUAUUAUUCUCUCCAUAUUUCCUUCCCUGAUUACUGCCUCUUUAGGAACAAUGCUGCAAUAUUGAUGAGGUUUGGGGAAAUACAGAAGCCUCAAAAAGUGUGAGCAAGGAGAAGAGGCCCUACAACAACAUGAGAUGAUAAAACAUUUAUCCACUGCUGUUGCCGCUUUUCUCGGCAACCCUGUGUGUCCACUGGAAACACAUGAGGGUUUUUAGUCACUCUCCUAUUGUUUUUAUGCCCCACCCUGGCAUGUAAGGUACCAGGGUCCUCUUUUUCACAUAGCAACAAAACAUUUGCUGCUAUAAAUCAGGACAUUUUUGUGGGAUUUUUGCCUCAUGAAGCUGACCCACCACCACAAUUCACUUGAGCCAGACAGGUUAAGACUUCACUGGCUACCUCGGUUAUUUUACCUCGUGUCCUACAUGACCAGCUGUGCUGAAACAGGGAUCACCUCUCUAUUCAUUUCUGCUUUUGUGUGAAUGUUUCCUUGUUCUCAAAAAUUGAAGCAGUUAUUAAACUCAUCAACUUUCCAGAAGUUAAUACCUCUAAAUGUUCAGAAGAGCUACAGGAAGAAAUUCAUGACAAAUCAUCUCUGGUGGAUUAUUCAGUUUUAGUAUAUACAUUAUAAUGAAAAAAAGUGUUUUAAAUUAUAGCAGUUAUGUGAUUUGAAGGAAUACCUUAUCCUUUUAGUGGGGUUGUUUGAGGUACUCAUCAAUAGUGGCUGCUUUGUUGAAAAACUGGCUGAAGAACUAGAUACACUAGAUAGGCCUUUAACAGCUGCAGACAGAGUCAGCUCUAGCUAAUUAUAAAAUUCUAUGUGUAUUUAUCAGACAGUUUCACUAUCAAUCUGGGAGUCAGUGAGUUUAGCUUUGAAGCUUGAAUAAAAUACAGCUUACUGAAUAGUGAAAUAAAUGGAAAUAUGUGGUUUUGCUUGUUAAACUGACUCAAAGCAAUUAGCUCAACUUGGAAAAUGUCAGACUAUUCCUUUAACAAAGAGGCAAUAAAGCAACCUGAGUUGCUGAUCUUCCCUCUUUACAGUAUGUCAGUUAUGAGAUAAACAUGUGGAAGCUCUUACAAACCACUAAAACAGUCAAACAGGAUUGACUCCAUGUCUGUGCAGUAUCAGUGUUUUGCCACUAAGGGGCAGCGCAGCAGCACUUUGACUGGAGUGAAUGCAUACUGAAUAAACAGUAAAAGCAGAGACAGGAAAUAAUCCUGGAACAUUUAACCUGCUGUUUUGUUGUAGAGAUUUUCUGUGGCUGAGUGUGACGUGGUGAAGGUUAUAAAUAAAACUUUGAGCUUUAUUGUUGGACUCAGCGACUCGACUAAUUACAGGCAGACCUCAAGCCUUCAUACAGCUGUGUACACACACUCACUACACACACUCACUUAUUAUAACAUGAAUGCUGUGCAGGUCAGAGGGGCAGAACAGAGGGACUGUGGAGGGAACAAUAGUGCAGGUGUGCAGCUUGGGAAGGGAAUGGGGCUGGUAUGGUUUAUUCAUUGUGUGAGGCAGCGGGAUGGAGACAAAAAUAUAGUAGAGCCAAUACAGGGUGGGAUAAAAGUGAGGUAUUUCAUGCAUUAUAUAUACGCCAAUCUGAGAGUGCCAUAAAAUAUACAAAAAAGUGUGUUUUAAGUGUCUUUAAGGAUAGCCUCAGCUCCUCAAACCAUUAGAGCUCCAUCCAAGAGGCUCAGGUUAUGAGGCUCAAAUGUGGUUAAAGACCCGUCCCGAUGUUUCAAGGAUCACUCAAUAUCAUGACUGACAAACAACCCCAGGGACGAUCCGCUAUUAAAGACCUCCCAGCAGCCCUGUUUAGAGAAACUGCUGUAAGUAGCCGAGGGAAACCACAGGUCGUAUCCAUAUUCACAAACAUGUUCGACCCUGCUGGAGCUGAUGUUGACCACUGGGGUGAAGCGUGUGCAGACACGUGGUGGUCCCGCAUGUGUGUUUGUGAAUAUUUUCAGUCUGUCUGAGAUGUUCCCGGCAGCAGUGGGAGGCUGAAAGCUCCUCGAGCAGACUGCCAGCUCUACUCCAAAGUCAGUGAACUGCCAGAGCUCCAGAUUACAGCAGAUUACCGGGCAGGGUGCUCGUACACUCUCCCUGUCACUGCUUUUGUGUGUGUGUGUGUGUGUGUAUGAGUCAUGCUGUUUACUUUGCUAGCACAUGGGGAUGUUGUCCCUUCAUAAUUGGUGUAGAUGAACAAGUUUCCUGAAUUUUAUUGACUAAAUUAACUUUGCUCUUUUCAAACUGUUGUCAAAAACCUCCAGUUUGUGCCUUAAUAUCUUCAAAAAUUAUCCUAACUUCACAUGAAAACAGACGCCAGUAUACCUGCUCAAAGCCAGGUGCUCUCACUACCUUUCAUAAACUCAUACAAGCAUUCACACUUGCAUCCUUAGAUCAUCUCUCUAUGGUGGAUGAGAUUGAAGGAUUGAACACGUGAUACAUAUUCCCAGCAUGAGGUGGAUUAAUACAUUAAUACUUUGUGGCUGAACCCCCUCCACCCUCUCCUCCCUUCACAUAUUACUGCAUCAUAAAGAGAUUACGGUCAGGGACAGGCCAUGCCCAGGCAGGACCCUACCAUCUGACACCAGCAGACGGGGGUGACUCAGAGGAAACAGAAAUGGGACAGAAAAUAGUUUGAGUUUGUGGUGAUGCAUAAGGGUAUCAAUCCAUGUGGUGCACUGUCACUACCUGAUAGCUCAAAGUGAAAUGUAAGCCUUUCAUAUAGAGCAAAAUACUGUUUCUUUCCAGUGUCGUAUUGGGUCAUCUAAAGAGAAGAGAGAGAUGGGACAGCAGGUGGGUGAGGAGGUAGAGGGGGAGGGUCUGCGUCUGCAGAUGUGGCCAGUCUGAAUGCUGGACUUGCACAGGAAUGUUUUAGAGGGGUCCGAAGGAGUGAAUAAGUCCGGGUUAUCAAGGGACAGAUGACCAGGAGUUUGCAGGAGGAAAGGAGGAGUGACAGUGAGAGAAGACAAAAAGCCAAACAAGAAGCAAGAGUGGACAGCUGCUGAUCAUGGCUCUGGCCUGUCUUGGUCUGGGCUGCGCUCCUGUGCAAACCAAAGGUACUGUCGGUGACAUCAGUCUGUUCCUGUUAUCAUUGUUUACGAAGUUUGACUGCUUUUUGUCAAGAAACGACUUAAGUAUAACGGUCAGUUAUUAUUCUGACAGUCCUGCUGUGCGAGACUUAUUCACACGUAUCUACUUGCUUAUGAAAAGAUGUAAUUUGAGCUGUUAAUGCAAACAAACAAGAUUUAGGGUUUAAAGAUACUUUUUCAUUCUUUAGAUCAUGCGCUAAGUGAAAUGUCAAACACUAUCUUUAGGAAUGCAAAAACUACCCAACAAAACGGGGAUGGUAUUUUUCUUUUUUGAAGAAAAUUUGAAGUAAAAUUUUAGUUAUGACACAGAGGGAAAGAAAUAUCAACAUUUCUAUAUGAUGAUACUAUUCAGGAGAAAAAAUGAAGAAGACUUCGGGAUAAUUUCUCAUAUUUUCUUUCUGUAAUGAGUGGUGGCCAUGAUAGCAGAAUAAAACUUGAGAGACUUCAGUCGUACUUACGGAUGUACCAAACAAAACUGGCAAAAUGAUUUGGGUUCAAUUUUAUCUCAUUUUUACCUCUACCCUUUGAAACUGUCCAACAGAGUCAAAAGGAAUAACAGGGAAAUCUUUACCUACAAAAUGGGACAAUCCAUUUCAUCAAUGGUCAUCAAGGUGUUAAAAUAGGCGACUACUAGCUAUUUACACUGAGACAUCAGCAUCACAGCUAUUGUUUUAGACCAUAAUACACUGAAACAACAUUAAACUAUGACAGAGAGGAGAUUUUUGUAAUUUUGAGAUUUCAGUAGAGAAAACAAAAUGUGUAUUUCUUGGUAAUGACUCUCAACACAUUCUGAGAAAUUACUUAUAACACUCGGUUUGCUGUGUACUUCUGAGAAAAAAACUCAAUUUCAACAGCCAUGAAGCCCUAACCUCCCCCAAUCUCAACAAGAAUCAGGACACCCUACUUCGUCACGCAGUCACGAAGGAGCAUGGGAUGAUUUCGGAUCAAGCCAAAAUGUACUACUUGGUCCACAGGGGUUGCCAAAAUCAACUGAAGCCAAAAGAUCCUCACAGAAGUGUUCAUCAUUUAGUCAUUUCUGUGUCACAUUGCCUCAUGUCUUCUACUAUUGAACUAAAGCUAUUUGGGUUAGUUGGCCAAGGGAACGCAUUUGAAAAUGUCACUUUGUGUUGUGGGACCUUCAUCUUUGAUGUACUUUAACAAUGAAAACAGUAACUGUAAGAUUAAUCACUUUAGGAAACCGUUGUUCACCUUCUCCAGAGAAAUGGUAUGGAUCAUUUUAACAACCAUUAAGGGAGGAAACAGUACAUGAAACAAAGAGCAGAUAAAAAGCACAGACUGUUGUGUUGUCUGCAACAUUGUACACAGUUCAUCAAAAGUAGCAGGACUAAUAAUAGAGGGAAAACGCAUGCAUCGAAACAAAAAGUGAAUAUUACUGCUGGUAAUGAGGUGAGGUGGUGCGUGAUGUGACUACUGAGCCGCUGUACACCCACUAACUGUGCUCAGUUUUCCCUCUGCAGAACUGGCCGGCUAGUGUAUCUUAUAUAACAGCUGUCUACUACAACAAGAUUCUGCAGCUACUGCUAUAGGGAGUGUACCGCCUGACCCAGAUACACCCUAAUACAUUCUCCACUAAUGACUUACAUUCACUCACAUCUGGACCACUGAGAGAGACAGAGGGUUGCAAAAUGAUAUAGCUCUAAUAGACAGAACAAUAAUAAAGCAGUCUGGUGUCUUAUUUUAAAUGUAGAUGUUACAGAUGAUUGUGCCUUGUUGUUUCUCUCUUUAGUAGCAAACUCAGGCUGUUUACAUGAUGGCGGUGCUUAUGACCCCUACCCUCUUACUUUAUUGUUUUAUCAUAAUUAUUGUUGGUUUAUUUUCUUCUUAUUGCUUGUUGUGCUUUAUGUCUCCUUGACAUUAUUCUUCACCCUGACAAGUUUGUUAAAUCUCAUAAAGCUUUAACUUGCAGAUAGGAUAGAAAACUGAUGCAGUGCUCGGGCAGUAAAAAUAGAUCCAUGAGCAGGAUGAGGACUAAAUGGCACCAGUAAGAACAUUGGUACAUCUAAUCUCAUUAAAGCCUCUUCAUAGCGUUUGUAGGUCAGAUGGCUCUCUUGACAUACCACCACAUCUAUUGUCAAAAUUUUGGGCCCAUAAGGGAUUUUUUAUUUUGCUCUGCUGUGGCAUAAAAAAAACUUGGGUAAAUCCUGACUGUCAGGAAAACCCCAAGGGCUCCUACCUUCCAGUCAGUGAUUGAUGGUUGCACCAGUUGACAUGGUUUCCACAUAAGUUACACCUUCAUACUUAGACCUAACUCUCAGUAGGUGUAAAGCCCCUGUAAUAGACCAGUUGUCAUAGUACAUUAUUUUGAAAAAUGGGAUAAUUUAGAGGAGGAGAAGCAGGGAAUGUUUUGUGUCGAUGUGUUCUCCUCAGUAGAUUACAUGAUUUAAUAAUGUAUGAUGACUUUGAUCUGUACUCCUGCUUUCACUCUCCACAAGCAGAGAUAUUUUCAUCUGCACAGUAACAGAGUACUGUUAUAUUAAUUCUUUUUUUGGUUAACAAUUUCACCAUACCAUAUCUCUGUUAUUUCCCACUGUAGAUUGAUUAUACCCUUAUCAUAAUACCUUGUCAUAUUUUACAUGUGUUUAUGUUGCUGUAAGUCGAUUAAAAUGAAUUCAUCACAGUCCUUUUCCGGUAGGUGGUCAAACUGACAGAAAAUGUAUUUUCAUCAGUGAUAUUUUGGUUCGUUUGUACGUUAAACUGUUCAAGUUAAGAUGAACCUCAUGUCUGCAUAGUUCAACUUAAAGGGAUACUCCGGCAUAAAUUUAAGUUAUGGUCGAACACACCAUAACACAAAGUUAGACACCCCCUCCACAGAUGAAUGUUGCUCACUGCUUGCUUCUUUAGUUACGUCAACUUUAGCAACGACGGCACGAUAGCAAUACGCGGCGGUCUACAUCUCCACGCGCAAACCUCAACCAAAAAGCCACUCUAUAGCCACAAAUAAUACUCAGAACAGUGCCUAACUUUAUCAACAGUACAUAUAUGGUCCCAGCCAUAGUACUAGCAAUCAAACAUCGUUUUAGCUUUGCCUAAUUUCUUUAGCAAAGAGACUAAACACAACUCAACCACUCUACCGAGUCAAUCACCCCAGAAAAUUUAUGAUUAUCACUUCAUGGAAAUGCAAUCAGACAGUAAUACACAUUCAAGAUACACAAGAACUCUGAUAGUAUUUCCAUGAAGUAAUCAUCAUAAAUGUUCUUCCUUGAGCUGCGAAACUCCACUGCUCUCUGUGAUAAACUUGAUAGAGUUAAAGAAGGAAAAAAGUUAUGUAGGCGUUCAUGUUACAAACCAAAUCUGAUGCAGCUCUUCCUCCUGUCCAGGCAGUAGGAUUUUAUGAGGACUCUCAACACCCUCAUAAAAGUAAAGGUUAAUCACAGUUAGUCAACCUUUUCAUCCAUCUUUCUCUUUUUAACAAUCUUUUCUCAAAUUUCUAUCCUUGAGUAGUUCUUUAAAUCCCCUCUCCCUUCCUCUUUUCUAUCUAAAAGUAUUUAUUGCAACCUGCUGUUUAAAACUCAAGCAUCCUUUUUUUGUUUGAGACAAACAUUUUUCAUUUAACUGUUACUGCAAAUCUGGAUACUGCAGUGAUUUGGUGCUACCCUCAUCCUAGAUGCAGCCCUCUAUCAAAGAUUUUCAAACAUAAUUAUCUAAACUUCAUCAGAGUUUCCUCAGGGGUUAAACAUUUUUCGAGAUUUUCAUUUGAUAUUGCUCUGGAAGAGUUUUUAAACUGAUCUGAUUCUGUGAAAUGCUACUGCCCUCUCUGUAUAUCUGUAUUUCUUCACUAUAUUGUGUCUUGUGCCCUCUUUCUUUGCUGUACCUCCUCUAUUGGUGCUGUUGGCAUGCAAGUCCUGAUGAUGACGGUGCAAUCUGCUGACACUGCACCUGCAGAUUUCAGGAGGAGGGGAAACAGAUGCAGGGAUACAGUAAGAAGAGAGAUGGUGGCUGAACACAAAAAGAGGGAUAGAGACUGUGCAUUAGUUGAGAGUGUAAAAGUGCUCAGCCAGGUUUAGAUUGUCCCUGGAUGUUUUACGAGAUGGGCAACACCCAGCACAAGACUCACAAAAAUCAGGUGCAGAAAAGAAAGAAGAGGUGCAGAGCAGCACGAGCAAGACAAGAGUGUAACAAUGCAGGUAGGACAGAGAGGUGGAAUUUAUUAGAUUACAAAAUAUUAAGAUUUUUCUGCAUGUUCUCUUUUCUGAGGGCUGUCUGAGAUAAUGAUAUAAACUUUGAUUCCAGCGCUGCAUUAUUCAUGUUUUGCUGAGUGUUUUUGGAGUCAUGUGCUUUGCUGCCUGAGGGAAGGUCAGUGAGGUGCUGAGCAGAGUGGUCAACACUGACAGACCCUGUGUAGACCAGUUAAACUGUUACUGAAGGUGUUUGUUUAGUGAAAAUAAGAAACUCUGCAGUAUUUUCAGUCUUUGUGGGUCAGUGUUAUAAGUCCAAAAAUGUUGCUUCCCUGGUGCCACGAAUUUGAGCUUUUUCGAUGACUUAUGUAAGGGCUUUGUUUUCAAAAGGCUGGUUUUAUAUCCAUCCGUUUUGGAGGAGAGCUCUUGGUGCUGCUGACCUCAUCUCUGAGGUUAAACACUAAACUUGAGUUUCAUUAUCGUGACUAUUUAUCCGAUGAGGAAACCUGAAACCACCAACCAAAUAUAAACUUCAACAAGCUAAAUCUGAGUGUUUGAGAUAAACAAAUGAUAUUUUCAUCGUGUAGGUUCAGGAGAAGCAAAUGUGAUAGGAUGUUUAAAGGCUGUUUUCUUUUAUUUGUUGAACAGCAAAGUUUUAAUAUGAGAUUUUAUUCAUAGAUUGAACUUUUUCAUUUUAUUCUUGAGUUGCUCUUUCUGACUCUUUUUUUUUUUUUUGUCUUUUAGUCAUUUUUUCAAACCUUCGACUGGACCUUUUUUUAAAUGCUUGUUUAUAAAUAGUCUCAGUAUAGCCCUGCUGCCUCUAAGUCACCUGGGAAACUUUUUUAAUGGCUGUCAAUGAGUUGCUUUGCAUGUAACACCCAAAAAAGUCUCUUAAAGUUCUGCUAAGCAAAGUUUCACAAAGAGUGGGGUGAUAGACAGUUAAAAGGAACCAAAGGGAACUUUCUAUUGGGGUUUUGUUUGCAUGCAAAUGACAGGGUCAGCAAAUAGGUUAGAUACAUAGCUUCCAAAAAGGACACUAAAUAAAAAGUUUUUCAUCACUGCUUUAAGUUUUAAAUCAUAAUAGUGUGACUAUUUCUUGGUGACAGACAGAAUAAAACAGCAGAGAAUCCUUAGCCGAGUAGUGCAGCCUCAGCAUUUACAAUCGGCUGAUAAUGAUGAGAGGAAAGCUUUAAAGGUGGCAGGAAAAGUGGAAGGAGAAAAAAAGUAUCAAAGAGGAAGGGAUGAUGAGGAAGAAGAUCAGGGGAACAAGUGGGCUUGUAGGUAGAAAAGGCGCUGUUACAAAUCCACUAAUUUAUCUGUGCCACAACAACUAGGUCAGCACGUUUUCAAAGAAGCACCUUUGUUCCUCCAGGUUUCAAGACUCCCUUUUUCACAUCACGACCAGGUAUAAGAAAACAGUCGAGGUAUUUUUUAUGCAGGUUUAGCAGAUCUGUCAUUGUAAUGAGCCGAAUAACUCUACGCAACUAACACUGGGCUCUCUCUUUAAAAAUCACAUUAUUUCAUCUUUGAGGGAAAAUAAUAAUAAAAAUAGUAAUAGUCUAGUAAGUUCAUUAUAUAUUUUCCUCAACAUUUCUCAUGUGCAAUCCUCCUAUAUGUACAUGUGAACUAGUGUCUGUAUGUCAAUCAUUUCUCCUUUACUGUUACAUUCAAGGUGUGAUGUGCAAAGCAAGGAAAACACUGAAUCUGUAUGUGACAGUCUUCGGUAGAAAAGCUGUGCAUCUGUUGGUUCAGUUUGAAUAAGCUGGCCAACUGCUCGUCUCUUACAGAGUAGAUGAAAUUAGCAGAAAGCUGCUGAUGUGAGCGUGCUGAUUUAAUUGCAGGUGAAUGAGAGUCUUGAUUAGCGAUGAAAGGUUGCCUGGCUACUGAUGUACAGUGAUGCUUUCAAGGACACAAUUGCGAUUUGAAUUCUGAGUUAAAAGAGGGGACAUGGGAUCCAUAAUGAAGCACAAGGGGCUCUAAGAGAAGAAAACAGAGAUGGAUUAUCAGUCUCUCCUUCCUCUCAUGUGAGUUUUAGAGCGUUUGUGAUGACAUUUAUGUGUUUUAGAAAAUAAUUUCUUCCAGAUACACACAGUAUAGACACACUGGUGCAUGCAGAACUCCAGAGGCGAGGUGUGUUUAGAUGCCACCUGCUGGUGUGCCACAGGCUUGUCUCAUGUUUAAAUAAAGAAACCAAAACAUGGUGCGGCUUACUUCAGAUUUCCUGUUAGAUCUUCUUUGUCUCAACUUUCAGUACUUUAGUUAUUUUUAUUUUUACUGUCAUGUGUUGACCUGCUUAAGUGUAAGGCUCCAGUUUGCUGGUGGCACAUUGGAAAGCCUGGCCUGGAUCUCGGCCUCUUGCACGGCAUCUGACUUUUUUCUCUGCCGCUAUUGGGACGGACAUUAAGAGCUACAUUGUUAUGAAAGUCUUAUUUAAAAAAAUCAUAUACACACAAUAGGAAGAGAAGUGGGUGUUACCAUUGAAUAUUAGGACACAAAAACUUGGUUAACUUCUUGUAGGGAUAACAACCUGAACAGCCUUGUGUUUUUUUAUGUCGUGAUAUCUUAUUCUGCACAUUUAAGUUGAUGUUCUCUUCUAUCAAAGCACUGGGGGGUUUAGGAGGCAAAUAAUCUGUGAAAAGUUGAAGUCUGCUGUGUGCUCAGUUGUAAAUGAAUCAUAGAAGGUGCGAAGUGAGCAGGAAAAGCGGGAGUUCAGCUUUUACAAAAGGUUUUUGCCCUGAUAGGCCUGCGAGCUGGUUAAUGGGCAAACACGUUAAUGUCCUGGUGUUUGUUUGAUUGAAUAAAAUCACACAAGUCUUUCUGAAGAGUAAAAACUGCAUCAUAGUGAGACACAGGGGCUAUUAUGAUGAUUAUCACUUAUCAUGUUCUCUGUCUCUUCUGACUCCUUUCAGCGGUGUCAAACCUGGACAUAGAGAGCAAGCUGUCAGUUCACUAUCAGGCUCCCUGGCACCAGCAACACAACAUCUUUCAUCCUUGUACCCGACCACCAUGUCUCGAGGAGCUGCACAGAAGUGCUCAGCUCAGCCUCAGAGCCCUGCACCGAGGUGAGAGAGGCCGAUCCUGUCUUUGACGUGUUUUUGUCCGGAAAUGACACAAGAUGAAAUGCUCUUAUAAGUUUCCUUUAUUUGUUCCAUAGAUGAACAACAACAUCAACGCUCCACAAGUCGGGAAAGGAACAGGGUUACUAUCUCUAUCUCAGUGGCGCCACCUAUGCCCACGUUUCCCUCACCCCACUCCAUCCGCCGGCAACAGAGGAGUCGGCUGGCACGAGCGGUAAGGUCUACUCCAGUGGUUAAUUGUGAUUGUGUUUUUAAUGGCCGAUACUCAUAAUUAGAGAGCAGGUUGGCCAAUAUUAAAUGCUGAUACCAUGUGGUUGUUGAAUUGAAUCAGAUAAACAAUAGAGACAGAUGAGAAACAAAGCUGAGCUUGAGUGAACAGUUCAUUCAAUUAGUGUAGAUGGGAAAAUAUCUGAAAGGGAAAUAUUUGGGUCAAACAAAGACAUAAAAAAUAUUAUUUCAUGCACAUUGACAUCUAAUAUACAUGAUUAUUACACCUAGUUUUAUGUUUUGAUAUAUUUAAAAUGAACUCAUUUAGAAGGAAAAUAUAUUUUAAGUUUCAAACCGCGACUUACAUUUAUAUCAGAGGCUAAAUAAAACUCUUUAAUUCUAAUUGUCAUAAUUAAAUUUAUACAGAGGACUGAUCAGUAGAAUGUACCUCUUUAAACCCAGAACAACACUGUUCAAAUUUUCUCAGUGAACACAGAGUUAUCAUGUAUUAUAAAAAGCAGUAUAAUUGCACAUACUCUAGGAAAGGUAUUGGCUCUACUGUUUUUCACUCAGGUAACAUCAAAUGAAAUCCAAAGUUUGCAUGUUUCCCACGUUUAGAUGUCUGGCCUCUGCAGGUUUGCUAAAUAGAUACUAGAGGGAGUGCUUACUUUGGUGCAGACAAUGAGACAGCAGCCAAAGGCAACCUUCCUGACAUGUUUAAAAACAUGAUUUUUACAUGUUUGUUUACAAUCAUCUUUAUGAGGGCUGACAUUGGCCAUGCUGAUACUCAAAAAUACUAUUAAUUGUCUUAAUUCAUAAAGUCAACCUCUAGACUACUCACUGUGCUUUAGUGAAGAUAUACUUCAGGGUCAGCCAAUCAGAGACAGUUAUCCAUACGUUUUCUACUUUGAGACUUCCUUAAGCACACAGCAUAGUGGAGAAGAAAUUAGACGUUCACUCAGUGGAAAAUACUUUUGUGUUUCCUCUUCAAUUGAAAAUUUUGAUCGUGAAAUUUGUGGGGGAAAAAAACAAACUGACACAGCUUGUUAUUCUGAUGUCACCAUGCAGCAAGAGAGAGCAGAGAGGGAGCGAGAGUUAGAAUACCAGCCCAGGAAGGUAAACAGUGAUUAAUCUGUGUGUUAGUGUCUAAUGUUGAUAUAAGUUUGUGUUUUAUCUGCCUGUGUGUAAACCUACUGUUUUGUAUGUCAUGAAACUCCACAGCACAAUAACACGAUACACUAAUAUAAGAGACACCACAUCAUAAAAUUCUGUUUCAUUAUUUUCUUUUGUUGGAGUCAGUCAACAAUCUAACAGUAUAUAAUAUUUAUGUUCGGUUUUGAACCUGUCUCUUGUAACUUUAAUGACUUUGUGUCUGUUUCUCCCAAAGGAGAGAAACGUGAAAGAAACAGAGAUCCAGACGAUACAGAGAAAAGUAAGAAAAUCCUCUAACACAUGAUCAGAAAACUUAAAAACUCAAUUGUAAUUUAAUUAUUAAAACACUUAAUUUAUUGUUAGCAAUCUCAGCAGUGGUUCCUUGUAUCUGAGCGUUUCUCUGUCUGCCACAGGAGAGGCCAGGAAGAGAUGCAGAUAAUCAGACGAUCCAAAGAAAGGUAAAGAGAGGUGUCUGAAUGAAAAACUACAGACACACAAGACUAUAUCUGCCACAGCCUUUAUCUCAGGCUUUCCUUAUUAGAGGCAUUACAAACAGGAUGAACGGUGGCAAGAAUUUUAAAGUUUAAACAAAAACAAAAAAAAACCCUGAAACUGAUCUUUUUAGACCCUUAAGUCAAGAUGAGGUCAUGAUAUCGGCUAGAGGCAAAACUGGACAUAGACAUACAAAUAGAUACAAUACAUGAGGAAAUUCACUCCUUUAUGGAUGGAUGGAAACCAUAGAAACUACCUGUGGGAGAGGGAGAGGUUGAUAUCAUCUGGUAACAGUCUGAUAAGUCUUAGAAAUUUGCCACUAAAGUGUACUCAAGGUAGAUUCCAGACUGAAAUAUUUGAUAGGAUACGAGUAACAGUAAUGUCUUGGACUCAAGUGCUACGCAUGCUGAAGUGCAUCCACUAUAGUACCAAUAAAUGCACCACCUCCUAAUAUCAUAGAGAUCCCCAUAACAUUGGUUUUUUUCUUGACUUGCUUCUGUGCACAUGUAAGUAGCACAUAUAUAGUCUACUGUAUACUGGCUGCCACUGUCCAUUAGCUUAAAUAAAGACAGGUCAAAGGCGAACAUGAAAGAGGUUUGCAAGUGCACCGUACACCACAUACAGCAUGCAAUUACUGUUGUAUAAGUGGAUGACAUUAUUUAUAUUGAGGGUUAUCACCACACUCCAAUCAGAAAUCUGUGAGUCAGCAAAAGAAAUACUGGACCAUAACAAACUUCGUAAGCACAUGGGAUAGCAUUAGCUUGUACGUUUGUUUGCCAAUGUAAUCAACCAAAAUACUUUGAAACCCAAGCCCCCAGUUUGUCUUAACAGUAAAUACUUAGUUUUUCUAUCAGUUUAGUGUAAACAUCUGACAGCAAACAGCUUUGGCCAUCCAAUCAAAUCAUCAACCCACAAAGAGAGGAGGUAUGGGUCAGCCCGUCUACUCUCAUCAUCAGCUUAUUAAAAUGACGCUUUCUUUUCCCUACAAUUUUUCAAAGUCAGUUGCUAGUUAGAGCAAGUUCACCUGUCAAGAGGACAGUUUUGCCUUCAGCUGAGCCUCAACCACCAAAAAGACCUCACAAAUUAAGGUCAAGAAAAAUGACUCUUUCAUCGUUUGACUUUCUUUUCAAGCUUUUAUUUCAAACAUAUUUUGUAUUUUCACAUCAUUUGUCCUUUUGUUUUUCUUUUUUUUGUAUCUUGUGUUCUUAGUUUGAGUGCUUUUACUCACUUCACCCUAUUGAAGGUUGCAUCUUCAUUCCAUGGAAUAGAAAGGUAUCAAGCAUCUCUGUUUUAAUUUCUUAUUACUUUUAGAUUAUGAUUUUUCUUUACCCCUUCAAAUGUGAACUAUUGAACGGUUGUUGUUAAAAGUAUCAUAAAAAUAGUGGCAGUGAAGGCUAUGCCACACAUUUCUAUUUUAGUAAAAAUACUGAGAUCUGCCUAAGAAAGUAUGUGAAAGUUGCGUGUAUAAAUAUUGUGGCUGUAAUGUCUGUUUUUAGGCUACCUCUGCAGAGGAAGGUGAGGUUGGCGAAGUCCUGGGAGGCCACAGAGUCAAAUCCUCAGUCCAAAAUGCCCCCUCAACCCAGGAUAAACAGACAAACUGGUCCAAGGAAAACCACCCACCAUCAGAUCAGAAUACGUCUGAUUCUCUCAUCUCCUCGUGCAUUAUCCCCAUCAACGUCACGGGUAAGAUAAAAGGAAGAAAAAUGCAAAUACAAAUGAAGUGUUAUUAUGCUUUUUAAAAUCUAAAAUAGUGCAACUUGCAAGUUAAAUUUUUCACAAUAUAUGACUUAGACAAUAUGGGCUCGAAAGGUUCCAAAGAAUUGGGUUUUACAAACCAUUGGGGCUGGAUUUUUAAGGAAAAAAAUGGCUGUUUUCAGUUAAGCUGUUUAGAACAGGCUUUACUUUUUAUAUCCCGUAAAAAUAACCUCACAUGAGGGAUUCAGGUUCUCUCAGUCUGCCUUCACUUGACAUUAGUCUUGCAACUCUGACGAGAAGGCUACUGAAAAUAUGGUCUGAUUUUUCCAAAGAAAAAACUGAUCAAGUAUUGGGACGCUAUUAUCACACUCUCUCUUCCUCUCUGUAGUUCUCUCCUGCUCCCCUUUCUUAGCUUCAAAAAAAAAACAGAAAAUAAAUAAAUAAAAUGGAAAUAAAGACUAACAUAGGGAGAGACAAGUAAUGCAUGAGAUGUAGAUCAUGAAUCAAAUCAUCAAGUGGACUGACUAAAUGAGUCAUAAAGCUUGACACCACGUUCACAGACAAAUCCACAUUUUAUCUGCUUGUCAUUUGUAAUCAUCUGUAUCUUCACUCACUAAUUAUAAACUAACAACCAAUGAGGAGAACACAGUAUUAGAUAUGGUUUGCGAAUGCCAGACACUAACCUCAGUUAUUGGCUGGGGGUUACUGUUCAUCAACUUCAUGUCAGCUGUAGGGUUAUUUCCUGGUCCUGCUGACUUCCAAACUGUGGUAUACAGGUGGAUAUAUGUUUUCUUAUUCUUUACUGACAACACAGGUAUUCAGUUUGGGACUCUCAUUAUACGUUACAUUGCGUUGUCUGUUUACAAGUAAAAUUCAAGGUACAAAAUUGAAUCCAGAUCUUACUGGUUCAUAAAUUCAUAAAUUUCAUUAAAUAAAAACUUAAAAUCAUUUUCCUACACAUUAAUUCACAGGGGUGUUUAAUUUGUAGUUUGCACUGAGUGUAAAGAUUCAGACUGUGAGGUUAAUGUCUAUAAGAGUAAUCCCAGGAUGACUGCAGGCUGCUCUUACCAGCUUGAUAAAAAAGUUACAGGAGAUUUUUGCACGAGGUCCACAAGACUGACAUGAUUAGAAACGGCACUGAUUGGCAAAUGUUAGUGACAUUCACCAAAGGCAUUUACCAAGGGCAUAAUAAACUAAACACUUACAAAACAGAAGGAUUCUGCUUUGUUCAGUGUUGCUGUUGAUCUUCUUGUUUUUCACCUUUCUAAACUUCCUGCGCCACAAAGAAAAUGGCUCUAUUUCAUCAUUUGUCAAUUAAAAUGUAGAAAUCUGAAUUAACUCAACAACAAAAUUAUGGCUGGCAAAAGUGGAGGAUUUUUCUUAAGAGCUGAACAGUUGGAAAGUUGGCUAGCUCAGGGUUGGCAGAAGAGAGGAUUUCACCAGGAGCUCUUAAACAAAGAGCAAUCUUCCCAAACCAUGAAUUAAAACCAGACUCACUGCAUGGCUUUUGUUUUGUUAUUGCAGGAGUUGGAUUUGACAGGGAAGCAAGUGCUCGUUGCUCUCUGGUCCAUUCCCAGUCAGUUCUUCAAAGGCGAAGAAAGCUGAGGAGGAGGAAGACUAUCACAGGAAUACCCAAAAGAGUACAACAUGACAUGGGUAUGUUUUCAAGCACAAUUUGGAAAAUUUGGGGUAUUAUUUUGAACUGUGGGUCCUAAUUUUGGAGCUUGGACAAAUUGUUAUAGGUUUCAUUGAUAUUUUACCCAUUCAGUUACUGAUGGCUGGGGAUGAUAUUGGCAAUACAGCCAUAAAUCAAUGAGAGUAAGCUAUCUAAGCAUCAACAACAACAUGAAAUCAAAAACACCUGCAGUCAAUUACAGCUGUUUCCAGCCUGUACUUGCAAUCUAUGGGCUUCAUCUUGCUUCAACUUGGAUCUAAUUACCUGCUCUGCAUGCAGUUUACUUUAAUGCAAAUGACUACUGCAAUUUACACAAACUACAUUUUUACUUUUUUUCUCUAAGUUAAAAUAUUUUAGUAUAUGCUCGAAUGUUGAUUUUUUAACAACUUUAUCCAUAGUCCUAGAGGGACUGAUUCACUUCAGUAAAGCUAGCUUAGAACUAAUGGCCAAAACUUCAAAAAGGGCUCUGUUGUUUUGUGGAUCACCUUUCAAUGUGGAGGCCAUGUUUGGUUCUCUUUUCCUUAUAUCCUCUAAGAAAAGGUUUGUCCUUGAUAUUUUGGACACUCAACAUGCUUUGUCUCUUCGCAUUCAGACUCAGAUGAAUCACCCGUAGCAAGGGAGCGCACAGUGAUCGUCCAUGCCAACCCGCACCAACUCUCUCUCUGUCAGGAAGACCUCUCUAUCAGUGGUCGCCUCCAUCACACUCGUGACUCUGGCUGCCAGACAGAUGAUUUCCUUAUAGCAUGUACGUUUCUGAGAAUGCACAAGUAUAUAUUCUUCUUUAUUGCAAUUCCUUUUAGUCUAUCAGGCUCACAUAUUAGUGCUACUGACUAGGACGAGGAUUUCUCUUGAGUCAGUCCUGAUUUAAAUAAAAUUACAAAAUGUUUUUCUUUAGUACUAUAUUGGGACUAUUUCUAAGAUAAUGUGUAGAUCUGUUCCUCCUCAGAUAGCUGCCAUUGCUAAGUUUGAAGAGGAGAGGGGACUCCCUAAAAACACGGUGUAUUACCCUGGGGCAGUGUCUCACAUAUAUCACAUACAGUGCUGUGUGCCUAAUUGGAGUGUUUUUCAGUUUGCUCUGGGUAGUCCCAGAACUUUUGGGAUAGGUUGGCAAAAUGUGAACCUUAUAAAUUUUAAUCAAGUUUUUUUUCAACCUAGGAUUACACUUUUGUGUUAUUCCUCAUUGAGCUUCAAUCACUAGCAGACUUUCCAGUAACAUUUUCAAGCUGUUAGUUAAUCUAAACUUAAACGGACAACCUUAACAUUAUACAAAAAAAAAUGUACAGCUAGUGCUGACAUGUUUAGGCUUUUAUGGGAUGAAAAUAUGGGGACAUUCGUGUAGUGGGCCUACAGGUAUGAUGCUUUUGCCCAAACCAUGAUUUUCUGGUUUGGCUGCCUAAACUUGUCACAGUUGUGUUUUGUUUUUUGUGUGCUGACUUUGGGUUUCAAACUGGACACAGUGGUCUUCUUGGUGAUGGAUUUUAAACAAAAAUACAUGAAGAAUUUACACAGCAGUUCAGAUGAUCAUGGAGCUUAAAAAAUAUGUACAGCAUCAUCCUUUCCAAGCAUGCCCAACCAAUGAAAAACCGUGUUUUUAGGAACUCCCAACAGGACAACCAUCUGAAGGCAGCCAUUAAAUUACCAAACCAGAAUGCUUUCAUCUGCAAAUUAGAUCCAUUCAAAGUUUAAUUCAAAUUAUUUAUUUAGGGUAACUUGCUUUGGUCUGUAUGGCCAACAUACAUGUAGAGUAAGAUAUAUGUCCCUCUGUUCCCUUCCCUCUCCUUUCCUUUUUACCUCUUCAGGUACAGCUGCACCCUCCAGAAGGCGCAUCAGAGCGCAACGUGGCCAUCAAGGGAUCCCUUCUUCUCUUUCCCAUUCAACAGGGAAUAUUUCUUCUCUGGGAGACCAGUCCGAUUCCGCAUAUACCAGUACUGCAGCUCAUGGUGUACGAUUGCGCUCUCGAAGUCUACCACGAGAAGGUGGACGUCUGAUGGACAGUGAUGAGGAUGACGAUGACAAUUAUGAUGAUGAUGACGAGGAUGAGGAGCUCUCACCUUAUGAAGCAGAGGACUUUAUUCCACCUGGCCCAAGUCCAAGGAUGAAGAUGAUGAUGAUGAAAGACGAAGAAGAGAGCACAGAUGACCAAGCAGCUCCUGAACCACUGCAACUUGGAAGCCUCAAAAGGUUGCAGCGAUCCGGAGAAAGAGACAGAGGGAGCGGAGGAGGAGGGAGUCCAGAACAUAGCUGGAUGGAGAGGGGCCGUUCUCGCUUGCCCCGCAAGGCUGACAUGGGUAGCUGUGAGAUUUCAUCAAGUUCAGAUACCUUCAGCAGCCCUAUUCACUCUGUGUCUACAACAGGGGUCCUAGGAAGUCAUGUAGACCACAAGGAGGACCACCAGUCGUCAAGUGGAAACUGGAGUGGUUCUAGCUCUACCUGCCCUUCUCAGACAUCUGAAACCAUCCCCCCACCCUCUUCACCACCUCUGACAGGCUCAUCCCAUUGUGAUUCAGAGUUGUCACUUAACACUGUGCCCAAUGCCAUUGAUGAAGGAUUCUCCUUGGAUCCAUCAUACCACUCUGACCUCAGACCCCAGGGGCAGGGUCAUAGGUCAAGCUCAUUCACAUCCUCAGCCACGGAUCAGCUGGAUGAUGCAGGGGUCAGUACUGCCAGUGAGGGGGAAUGGACAUACCCCCCAGACCAAGACCAGACUGAUCCUGACCAUGACCUUGACCAGACCCAAAACCUUAACCAGAGCCAUGGGUUAGCUCAAGAUUACAGCUCUAAACAAGGUCUUGAAGACCACAUCUGUUACAAUGACAAGACAAGCAACACUGAAAAAGAGUCGGGCUCUCAUUACCCAUCAAAUACAGAGGGUUUCUAUUCCUCCUCUGUGCAUUUUGGGGAAUAUGAUCAGAGUUACAGAGGUUACACAUAUAACUAUGCAGACUCAGGACCUGUUUGUGGCCAAUCCAACACUGUGGCAGCACCAUUAUCCCAUGGAGUAUACCCCCCACUCUCAGCUGAUUUCAGAGCAGGCACUAUGACACUGGGGAGGACAUGUCGUCCACUAAGGAAACCCAAAGUAAAACCUCCACCACCAAAACGGACAUCGUCGUUGAAGGAGACUAGUAGUAGUAGUGUUGAUGUUGGAACAGACACACAGACAGAUCAGGAUCAACCAAAGACUGUUAGUGAACAAGAACUUACAUUGUCUUCCACAGAUAUGAAGUUGGAACUUGAGCUGGAGCUUGGAGGUGCUCCAGAACCAUUACAGACAUCUUGUUUAGUGGCAGAGCCUUUGGGGACCUGGGGAAUGGGGCUUGGUGGAGCAGUGGAUAUUGUAGAGCCCAUGUCCUUCAGCUCAGCAGAUACACACUCGUUUAAGGAUGAAGGUGCCGUGCAAUCUGACUAUGCAGACCUGUGGCUUCACAACUCUGAGCUCAAGUCCAACAAUGGAGAGUACACGUCCAUGUCCAACUCAAGCACAGCCACAGGCACUACUGUCAUGGAGUGUAUUAAGUCACCAGACAGCUCUUCCUCCUCCAAUGACACUCAAACCCCAGCGCCUGCUCAGGCAGAAAUCAGGGCUACUAGUCCACCACUACCACCCGGAGACUUCAAACUUGGGUCACCUGAAAAGUUAGCUGGCCUGGCCUCACCUUCAAGUGGCUAUUCCAGUCAAUCAGAGACGCCAACAUCAACCUUGCCCUCAUCUUCAGCUGCUUUCUUCCCAGGACCUCUGUCUCCCUCAGCUGGCAAAAGAAAGCCCAAAGUGCCCGAGAGGAAGUCUUCUCUCUCUUCCCUACAGCACUUCCCCAGGGAUGGAACUUCCAUUUCCUCUGGGUACAAGAGAGACCCAGACUUCCCGCCUCCACCAUCUCAACUUGAUCUAAAUGUUCUUCAUGGUGGUUAUGUCAGACACACGCUUUCCCACCGGACACACCAUAUGCACACACUCCACCACAGCAAACACAGAGUAGGAAAUGUUUUAGCUACUGGAACAAAGUUACUGGCCCCUGAGACAUCAAAUAACCACCCACUGCUUACUUCAAACUCUGCUCCAACAAUUCCCAGUUCCAACCUUUCGGGGAUUACUCCAUCUGCUCUCCGUUCAGUGCACCUCCAUUCUGUUAGCCAAUCAACAGACAGUGCUACUACUGCAGACCAGGACACAGCAAGUGUAGCAGAGACUGUUACAAGACCCAAAUGUCCUCCUAGUGGUUCUACUCUUGCUCCACCACCCAUUAACUCUAGGCCUCUCCCUCCUCGCAGACCACCCCCAAGACCCCCAGUUCAUGACCACCACACCUCUUCUCCUGAACAUUCACAACAUCCUCCCCCUGGCCGUCAUCCUGAUGGGCCUCCAUCCUAUGAAAGCCUACUAUUUAGGCAAGACCGAUAUGGACCAGGAACCUUCUGGGCUAUGACAGCUUUCAGAGCUAGGAUGGACCCAACAUCUGAUCUCUCUGAGGACAGCUCACCCCUACAUCGGCCAGUGCCUCGUGCUCCCCAUCCUUCUCCUGUUGAUCUCCACACGCAUAUACAUUCCCACACAGAGUUUAGAGGGCUCACUCACUCAGCUCAUGCACACCCUGAGUUUAGGGUUUUGGGGGAGCGCUCAUUUUCCCAAGAUGAUGAUGAUGAUGAAGAUGAGGAGGAGGAAGAAGAAGAGCAGGUAAAAGAGCCGCCAAGGCCUGCAUGUUCUAGAGGAGGCAUGCGUUCUGACCACCAUCCACCUCCAGCGUAUGAGUUUGCUGGGGGAUCCCAUUUAGACUCAGGGCCCUGGGCUAGUCCAGUCAAAGUGCCUGGUACCACAAUGGAGACAUCGCAUCCUUACUUAAUCAGCGAUGCAAGGAAAGGAGGACAAGAAGAGCAGGAAGAAGAGGAGGAAGUGACAUCAGGUGCUACCAGAAGUGCCCAUCAGCAACAGCUACCGGAGGGGAAAGAUGACUCAACCACUCCUGAUACAGAGGAUUACUUCAGCAAAGGUAGGCUUUAUACCAGCAAAAACACACCGUAGUUAGAAUAGAGAGGAGUAUGCAAAAAAAAAAAAAAAAAACUAUUUGAUUUACAUAUUAUUUUUGUACGUUUAAAACCAGCUUUGAAAAUAGCAACUAAAUCAUGCUGUUACCUUGCGUUAAAAACAAAGACCAGUUAUGGGGAUAGUUAAGUCACAAAUAGUACACCCAGUGAUCAGACAACCAGAUGACAUGUGAUAGGUAUGUUUUAUGUUGUAGAUUCCACGCCCAGUGAUAAUUCGCUCUCCCCCAUGAUGGAUGACACCAAGGUAGAUGAGGACAUAAUUAUCACAUCACCCUCCAAGACACGUACAACUGAGGACCUGUUUGCAAUGAUACACAGGUGCGGUAAUUUUUUCAUUGAUGGUAUAUCUUUUUCACGUGCUGGUGGUACUGCGUGAAGUGUACAUUUUGUCAGAGUUUGUGGUCCAGCAAAUUCAAAAGCCAAUUUUUACUGUGGUGUUAAUUUAGCAUUGCCUAAAUCACUAUUUAUUUCCUUACUCAGAUCCAAAAGAAAGGUCCUGGGCCGAAAAGAUUCAGGAGAUUUAAAUGUGAAGUCUCGUCUCUGCCCAACAGCACCAGUGCCACCUGUCACCACUGUCAUUAUUCCACCAGCCCCUCCACUCAACAUCCCAGCCACCUUGGCCACAGCAGCUGGGUCACAACGAGCCCCUGUGCCGAUCUACCGCAGCGCCAAGAAAUCUAGCACGUCCAAUGAAGAGUUUAAACUCCUGCUGCUCAAGAAAGGUAGCAGGUCUGAUUCCAGUUACCGGAUGUCAGCAACAGAAAUUCUUAAGAGUCCCAUCACCCCCAAAAUACCUGGGGAGUCUGUUCAAGAAGGGUCCAUCAGACAAGCUGAAGAACCAGCUUCUACUCUACCAGAGCCUCCCAUUUCUGGCUUUGAUCAAAUCCAGAUUCCAGGCCUUUUUCCUCGGGCAAAUUCUGAGAGUUUCACCCCCAAAACCCUUCCCAUGUCAGCUGCAUCUCGACAGGGACGUUCUCGAAUUCCACCUGUAGCCAACAGCAGUCGCUACAGUACACGCAGCCGCCUCUACACAGCCCCCAUGCAAGCCAUUUCUGAAGGAGAGACAGAAAAUUCAGAUGGAAGCCCCCAUGACGACAGAUCAUCUUAAAACCAUCUAAAAAGAGAUUUCUCUCCUUUUAGCUCUGUUCGACAUUUGAGAUAGUUCCUUCUGCUUUUUUAAUAUUGGAACAGUGUGUCAUUGAUGCCAACAUUGAAAUUUUUCUGACACACAAAGUCUGACUGUUGCUAGAACAAGCCCCAGUCUUGGAUCUACAAUUUCAUUCAAGGGUGUCAGAGAGAGUGUCGUGAGAUUCUGAACCAUAAAGGGGUGAUCAUGAAAACUUUGAAGAUACAUCUAAAUACUUUAUCAACACAAAUAUCUUCAUAAUUAAAAGAUAAAUACUUAAAAUAUCAAGACCUAUUUUGAUUGAACUGUCUUUUCUAAAAAAAAUUAAACAGUCCCAAAUAUUUGUUAAAUUACAAUGAGAAAUUUUGUGGAGUACAGACACUGUGCUUGUGCAUGAACAAGCACAUGCAGUAUCCACUGAUAUUUCUACUUCUUGUGUUUUGAAUGGUGUGGAUGUGUUUGUGUCCCAGAGGAACUGCUUUCUUAUUAAAAAUAAAAAAAAAAUCUGAUGAAAUUUAACACUCUUUUAACUUCUGGUGCCCAAAGCAUUGGCCAUACUUCCAAGAGUCUAUACCUAAUAUUUCUGCCAACAAGCAACGGUUCUUUCAUUGUGGAAGUUACUAACAACAAAGCACCAACUUAUCUAUCCUAUUUCCAUCUGCAGACCUGGCAUGGUCUGCACAACACGAAGAGCCAAUGACAUAUUUCUUCACAUUUAAUAUAUCCAAAAAGAUAACAUGAUGCAUGUAUUUUUGUAAAACUACGCCUCAGAACAUGAUGAUAAUGUUUCACCAUGUUGCAUGACCCAAUAUGGAAACAUCCCCUGGAUCCUGGUUUCUGUUAACAUUUUGUGGUUAUUUUGUAUUUUCCAAAUAAUCUUUCACUGUGAAAGGUUAGGCGACAUUUUUACCACAUUGCCAGUGAUCAAAACUGAUUUGUUUUUGAUUUGAGUGUUUAGAAGAUGGAGCAAGGGCUUGCGCCUGGAUGGGGCCCACUUGUCAAAGAUACCGGCUAGUUUUGGACAAUCGCACAGUGGCCUUUCUCUCCUAGAGGUGGGUGUAAGCAGGGCAUUUGUAAGUCCCUGCACCUAUACAUGGAUCUGGUCCAUGGUUCAUCAGAAUUCAAUCACAUACUUAAACCCAACCUCAAAAUCUAGUAUAUUGAGACUGAUUCAAGCUUUUCAAGCUGCUGGCCAGUCUUGCUGUGCUGACUUAACAUUGAAAAGGUGCAUUUCAAAGCAGUUUUAAAGAUACCAUUGAGUGCAGACGGUGAAAAUGCUUUAGAGGGUCCUCAAUCGGUUUGACUAGAGGUUAUUUUGGAAAGAUUUCCAAGAGCCAACCUCGUUUUUGCACUUGAUGAUUUUUCAAGAGUUUUUCUUGAAACAAAAUAUAUCUUAUAAUGAAAUUGCAUAUGUAUAUUUGUACUGAAUAUAAAAAGUCAUAUCUAUAUAGAACAACAAGCAGAAAUUUUAUAGGGAAUAAACCUGAGUGUAGCAAAGAAGAACAGGUCUCACUGGCAACAUUACACAUGACUCUUAACCAUGUACACUGUUCUCCUCUCCUCGUUGCCUCUCCUUCAUUUGCACUGACCCAGUAGUAGCAUUAGACAGGUGAAAGCUCAACCCAGUGGCUGGUGUACGCCAUUCUGUCUUACCCUCCAAACUUAAUACUGCAAAGAAAGACGAAUGGAGGAAAAGGGGAAACAGAGGAAGGAGGAGAGUCAACCAUGCAUCCAAUGCAUCGCUGCAGCCUUUUCUAUCUCUCAUCUGUGUUAACUAUGAUGUAAAGCCUUCUCAUCCUUCCAAAAAAAAAUCUACGCAUGUUAAGUAUCCGGUUUUUUACAGCAGUGAAGUGUCAUCAGUGGACAGUUUGAACUCUCACCUGCCUACCACAGCAAACACAACACAACACGAAUACUUCUUGCAUAUGGAGACCGUACUUCAGUAGAAACCAUUCACUGUAUUCUGUGAAUACCUCAGCAAGCAUAUUACUGUUUUAUUGUAAAUGCUACGGAUAGAUAGAUAAAUAGACAGAUAGAUAGAUAGAUUGAUAGAUUGAUAGAUAGAUAGAUAGAUAGAUAGAUAGAUAGAUAGAUAGAUAGAUAGAUAGAUAGAUAACAAAACCACAAUUUUUUAAUACUCAGCGAAUCAGAUUUGCAGAACUGACACUGUGUGAGAAGGGGAGAGUAAAAAGCUGUGAAAUGAUUAUCAGAAUUUAACAUUCGUCAAACCCAUAUUGCUAAAGCGCACUUGUUCCUGUUCAUUGUUUUAUUUGUUGUGUUUUUAUCGCAUGCAAUAAGUAAAGAAAAAAGGAAGAAGAAAAGAAAAGAACACCACCACAUCAUUAUUUUUAUCUGAGGGAUGUCUCCAUACCACGCGAAAAGAUUUUGUAUUUUCUGUUCCAAUGUCAAGUUCAAUAGUGUGUUCUAUAGAUGUACAAACUGUCUGGCUAAUUCUGUUCUGUAUAGUCGUGAUCACAAACAGGGGUUUAUCUUGUACUGUAUAUCUACUCACUGGACAAUCAUAGGUAUAAGAGACUGUAAAGAAAAUGAUUUUUAAAAAAAAUGUUGGGAUGGAGAAUCUGAACACUCUUGGUGCUGAGUCCUAGUCAUGCUGGAGCUAUGGAAGUGAGAGAAAUAUUUUGCAGGAGAAACUGCUGAUUCAGUUAAAAAUGCACAUCUGGACAAGCCGUUUUGGUUCAUACAGAUUAAAAAAAAGUCACAGAAAUUGGUUAAAUGUCCACUUACAGACUCUUAAAGUCGUUGUUUUUAAUUUUGACUCAUUCAGAAAUUUUUGGAUUCCACAUAACAUUAUUACUGGAUCACAAAAUACCCAAAUUUGCUAACAAUACUACUUACGACUACUUACAGCAAAGUAUCUGACAAACCACUCAACUGCUUUAAUGGCAAAAAGUAUUGUUUACUGUGAUUUUUCCGUACUGUACCUGGCAUUAGUGCUCUUCAUCCACUCUAAGACUGUUUCCCUUAUUUGUAAAAGCAGGGGAUGGACAAAAUUUGAACAGUAAGGUUGCCAUGCAGUCUCUAGUGAAGCACUUGUUUCUAUGUCUCAAACCUCAAUCCUCACCAGCCUGGAAAACUCAACAAAAGAUGAAUCUAUAACCUUUUUUGAUUCUCUGUUCCAAACUGUUUUCAAAGGUCUGACUGCAUUUGACCUGAAGGGAAGUGUGACAUUAACCACUGAAACAUUUUUCGUUACGGUGUACAGUAUGGAAGAUCACAAAACAGGCUUUCAAUUAGUGACAGAAAACAGAAAAAUACAAAUGCUGAAGAAAUAGUGUAAUUGUCUAUUUAAAAGAGGCUCCAUGUUAAAAACUAGCUAAGACUUAACAGAUUUGAAUCACUUUUGUAUUUUUGUAUAAACCUGUAAAUAUGUUUUUAAAUAAAAAAUGUUUCAAAUUCUUUCUUUUGUAAAAUAAACCAAUAAAAUCAUAAAAAAAGGAAAAAGUUUUUUUUUCAAAGUUUACAUGAUUAUUUCCAAGCCUUUGUAUAUUUUGGAGCCGUGCAACACCUUCAGUCUUGUAUUUAUUUUUGGGAGGGGUUACAACAUUGUGAAAAAUCCAUUAUUCUAUAUCCAAUUCAUUUGAACAGCUCAUCAGGCUGCUUAGUAACUGUGCAUAGAAAAAAGCCAAUAAAUGUGAUUGCGUUCAAACGGAAA